CACAGAGCACAGAUGCUUUCUAGUAGAAUGCUAGGAUGGGUUAGUAGAGUACCAACAUGUGAGUGUGUUUCAAUCUAUUUCUGGUUUUUUCCAUGUAUUUUUAACUGCUUUUCUCGGACUCUAUUUUUAUAUAUGUUAUUUUAAAGAGCUGGAAGACCAGCCCUCCUCCCAUUUCUUAUAUGAGCCUUUGGCUUCUGAGUGAAAUCCCCACCCUAAAAACAUUAGCUUGGAGCUACGUUUGACUAAAUGUAUUGCCAGGUAAGUGGCUUAGGAUCACAGCCACUCCAAUUUCAGUACAAAACAAAUGACUUAGUUGGAACUUUCAUUUUGUCUCUGAAGCAAUGCUUUUGCAAUAAGUUCAUGCAUUCUGCGGUGAGUCAUGUGCCAUGAGAUUGUAAAUGUGCUUACUUGAAAUCAGGGAGAUGUAUGUCCAAAAAAAUUUGCUUAGCGUUACAGCUUAAAGUCGUGCUCACUCAUUUCCUUCAGGUGUACACAGAACACAUGGCUAGGGUUCUGACCUCUGCACAUUCAACAUAUGCAUGAAAAAGCUCUGUCAUAUGUUUAGAAACUCUGAAUGUGAAUGGUUCCAGACAGCAUGGGAAUCUUGUCGUGGACUGGUUGGACACAGAGGAAUGGUGGGAGGAACCAGCUGGGGAACCCCCAAGGGGAGAAGGCUCAGAGCCCAGGGACAAUGAUGAGUGGUCACAGGGAGAAGAGGGAGAAGACUGGGAAGACGAGGUGUUGGAAGCUGAAGAGGUAACAGGGCUUGGUGAGCUGGGAGAGUCUGCGGCAGAGAGAAGUCCAGAAUCAAAGGCAGAAACUGAAGCAGGAGAGGAGGGAGGGCAAAAGGCAGAGACAAGUUAGGCUGGUGAAGAGUCAGGGAUGUCUCCCCCUCCUGCUGCAACAGGCUCCACCCCUCCGCCCCCUGCUUGUCUCCCAGAGCCAGAAGAGGCAUGAAAAGGGCACAGGAGAGAUUAGUAACACCCAGACAUAGUCUCUGAUUGUUUGGGUAGAAAACCCUGGAGAGGAGGGAACUUAGGCAGCUAUGGAAAGUUAGGGACCUUCAGACUCAGCAACUGCUUCAUGGGGCCAAGACCUACUGGACAUGAGUUGCUGUGCUCAUUAGGCCUGACACUCCUAUGCACAUCUUGUUUUUGCUGAUAAAGAGUUAACUCCAACUUACACAGUGUGAUUUACUGUUGGCUUGUUGACAAGUCUACAUGCACUGAGUCAUUCUUACACAUCUGCUGAACAUGUAAACGUUGAGGCAGGGAGAACCAGUGUGCAUGAUCCUGCUCCCCUGCCACAUGUCUACAUGGAGAGGAAGAAUGAACUUAAGAACUGAGCAAUCAAGUGAUGAGAAAUCAAGUAUUUUACAUGCAAGUAUGAACAGUUCCAAAAUCUUAAGGGCACCCACCCAGAGCUGCUACUGUAACCCUGUUCUAAUUAGUUAUAAUCAGUCUUAAAAACAAAAAGGCAACCUGCCUGCAACCUAAUAAGAAUAAUUUUAUUUUCAUCUUUACUUUUCUAAAAUGUCCCUACAUUUGAUCUACUGAUACAGUGAAGAGACAACUGCUGUUAAUUCAUAAUAUAUUUUAUAUUUCCAAAAAUGCUGUUUUGAUCUACAAUAUCUUAUAAAUAAAGUGUAUUCAUGCUAUGUUCUCAGCUCUGUAGAAUUCUGAACUCUCUGUUCUUAAAUAAGUGGUCUCUUGCAUGUUUUGUGGAUUUGUGAUAACAUAACAUAAUGUCGGCCCCUUGAGAAGAAGGGGUGUUUGGUAAGUGGAUGCCAUUUAUACUUUGCGUGUCAGAUAUGUCAUGUACUUAAUACAAAAAAAUCCCCAGUUUUGAUUGAGGCAUCGAAGGGGGAUUAUAAUUCAAUAAUAGGAACUGAAUUUCGAGCAAUAGGCUGUGAUAUCAUUCAACAUGACUUGAUUGCACUGGGAUUUGGGUAUGUCUGAAGGAAACAAACUCUUCUUUCCUCAUUGCUAUGAUCUGUGAAAAUGUGUCAACAAGAGCAGAAGUUAUUCUAAGUAUUCAUUUUCUGAAUCCCUGCUCUAAAAACAGACGUUAUCCCCAGUUCCCCAAAAGCCUGUCAUCAUUUCCCUUAGUGACACUUAGGAUGCGGAUUCUCUCAAAGCAAAGUUAUUAGUGACAAUCAAUCUCUUAAAAAGCACUUUUAUUCAUGAUGACAGGAACUUUACUACACCACUUCAGUUGAGCAGUGUGUUCCUUUGAUCUGGUAGAAAAUCAUCCUAUGGGCCAAUAACACUGGGCGUUGAAGGUAGUGAGAAUGCUGAUUUAUUCAGGGGGAAAAUGGAAUUAUGUUCUCUUUCCAUGAACAAGAGCCUUUUGCAAUAUCCACAUAAAAGAAAGAUGUGAUUUAAUUGAUUGAUCAUCUAUCUUUCACCCAAUUAAACUUAAAUACACUCACAUAUUACCGAAAAGGCCCUCAAUAUGUGCCUUUUCAAGAAGGAAGUGAAAGAUAACUUAAUAAUCAAGACCUAUUCUUUUUUUAAAGAAGGAAACCAAACCUUCCAUAUACCAGAAUCAAAUUUAUCAGUCCAACUGACUGAACAUUGGUUCCAGUGAUUACAGUUGGAGCACCACUAAUACAGCAACAAAGGCUUUAAUAAGUUGAUUAAUCUAUUUUAAAAAUGUUGGUCAAAUGCCUGCUCCCUUGGACAGCUCCCUCCACCUUCUAUAAAAAAUGAAAAUGAAAGGCAAAGCUGCCUUAACAAGAGAAAUUUGAGGAGCAAAUUGACAUGGUACUUUAGCUGUUCCCCAUUAAAAAUGUGGGGAGAGAUAGCUGGUCAGAUCUAGGCUUUCUAGUAUGUACCUCAGCUGUCAGAGUACUCUCUCUCUCUCUCUCUCUCUCUCUCUCUGGCUACAGUUGAGGUUGGGCAGGAUCAUGGCUCUUUCCCAUGUGUCCCCUGUCCAAGCUUCAAAAUAUUUGCCUGAAAGCCUUUUUGUUAAUAUUACACCAGAACAAAUGCAUGUAAAUGUUAGUGAGGCAUUUUCUACAGAAAGGGAUUGGUGAAAUGAAAAUUUAUGACAGCUAUUGAAUAUGCAGGUAAACCAAAACUGAUCGAGAGUGUCAAACCACUGGGCUGUUUUAUCAUAAUUUGCAAUUACUGGGCAACACCCCCUUCUCCCAAAAACAUAGUUUCAUCUAUUAUCAGCUGACAAAAACUGACCUACUUUCUAGCCUAGAGUACAAAGGUAAUUGUGCUCAAGACUAUUUUCCAUGGUUAACCUUGACAUUUCAAAUGCAGAAGGAAAUUUGUCAUUAAAUCUUAAAGAUCUGUGUUCUGACGAGCAUAAAAAGGAAUUAUUCUAAUCUAUUCUCCUUCAUUUUCAGAUUACAAUAUAGGCAUCUCCAUGCUGCAGUAUGCCAUACUCCACUUAAGGUGAACUUGGAAGAAGUAAUUAUUUUCGGUAUUGGUCAGGAAAGGGAAGAACAGGUAAGGAAAAGUGUAACUAUACAGCUGAAUUAAACCUAUUGUUACUUUACAAAUUAUUAGAACAAGAAUUGCGAAAGCAAUCAAGUUUGUGAAGCAUAUGUUUCUUAUUUGGUGAAAUCAAAAGAAAACAAAAUCAAACCUGACUUGCGACAAACAACAGUAGCUGUGCCGCAACCAGCUCCUGUUUCAAGAAAAUAGGAGAGCUCUGCCAAGACGCUGAAGACUUACGCCAGGCAUCUUUGCUUUUGAAUUUUUCAAAUUAGGCCGUGCAAAUUCUGUUGCCAAAAUGGGAAUACAAAAGAUCGCACAGGAGGGUUAAAAUCUAAUCAGAUAUUUUCUAUAGAUUGCCUGUAUUUCAGACAAUAAUCUUUACUGUAGAGGUUAAUUUGUCAAAAGCUAUUAAGCUGGGGAGGCAACCUGCAGCCCUCCAGAUGUUGCUUGACUAAGUCUUCCAUCAUUCCUGACCAGUAGUUAUACUGGCUGGGCUGAUGGGAGCCAGAAUUAAACAACAACUGGAGAGCCACAGGUUCCCACCACUGAUAUACAGGGUGUAGUCAAGAGGGAUAACAAGAAGGAAAAUGUGUCCAAAAGUGGAUAAACAUACACAUUCUAUUUAUCAGUCUAAGCUAUGGAGUUAGCCAUUUAAAACACACUUGUUUUAAUAUGAACAAAGACAGCACUGUCAGCUGUAGUAUUACAAGAAAAAUAAUGGAUUCAAGAAAUACUCAAAAUUCCAAUUUGUCAACUGUUGACUCAUAGCUGUGGUGUUUUUAGAGUGAAAAAAAAUCAAUAAUGUAAUUGCAACUGAUUGCUCUUCAGUUUAAUUACUUACAGUGCAAUCUUACGUAUGUCUGCGCAGAAGUAAGUCCUUUUGAUUUCAGUGAAGUUUAUUCCCAGGUAAGUGGGCAUAGGAAUGCACUCUCAGACUGUAAUCCAAAUCACAAUGACCUGGGAAAACGUAAUGGGACUUACCUCUGACCAGGAUUUUAUUCUGAACAGUUUCCAGUUCUUUAUUUUCCUGUGGAAAAUAAUAUUAAGGAACAGUGAAAGAUGACUAAUAUAAAGUUUAGGAAAAAUGAAAUAUGACUGCUACAAACCUACUUGCCUCUGAGAUAAAAAUAUAGGGUUGGUUCCAGACUUAAUCAUGCUAAGAUUAGGGACUCAGCUACACAGCUGCAAUUAUAAGUGUGUAACAAAAAUGUGACAUCAGAUGGCAAUGUAGCACUUAAUGGCAAAUUACAUAUAUACAUAUACAUAUACAUAUACAUAUACAUACAUAUAUAUAUAUAUAUAUAUAUAUAUAUAUAUAUAUAUAUAAAAUAGCAUUUUCAUAGUGUUUUUUAAAUAUCUAUGUAGAUCCAGCCCUAGUUAAAUGAAUGGGGCUUAAGGUAUGAUUUACUUGCUGCAUAAUCUUAACCAUUUCUACUCAGAAGUCCUAUUGAAUUAAUUGCAGGUGUGUGGGGUUAAGAGUACAGCCUUAGCCACAACUUAAUUGCCAUUUAUUUUGGCAGAUCCAGUUUAAGCAAGAAUGAGUCUAGAUCCAACCCAUAUGUCAUAUCUCUGAGUUUAUAGUAAGGAAUAGAGUUUAAACCAGAGAUGGGAAACUGUGGUUCUCCAGAUGUUGUUGCACUACAACUCCCAUCAUUUCUGACCAUUGAACAUGGGCCACAGGUCCCCAUCCUUGCUUUAAGCAGUGCCCUGCUCAAAAUUGAAAUGUUGGCAGAGUACCCAUGAUUAAAAGAUGACAACAUGGAAAGUCAGUGGUGUAAAAGCAGGUUUUCGUGGUGAAGAGACACCAGUGGAAACAAUAAAAUACUCUUUCAUACUGUAGGCAGAUAAUGUUCAGUCUUCUCAAUAUAAGAUUUCAGAUUGCACCCUUAAGGUUCUUCCCAAUCUUCUGAAGUGUUGAAUUCAGGAGAAACUAUGGCUACUCUUGUAGCGGGGUAUUUUAAUGUAGUUUGUGUGUGUCUCCAACAAUUAUAAAGACUUACUAGAUCUGUACAUAACCAAUGUAAUUAAUAUAUUUGAAAGAAAGAACUUGGAAAGGGAAAUGAUUAAUACUUAUUCAAUUUUUUCCCUUUCUGUAUCUGUGUAAAGUUAUAAUUUAUUUUUAACAUAUAAUUAUUAAACUAGGACAGAUGAAUAAAGAUGUAAAAUAACCAUGUAGAAGGAAACCUAAUACAUCACAUAGGUAUUUAUAGCCCACAGACACUAGCAUUAUUCUUAAUGAAGAUUAAUGACCCUUGCUUCUUACACAUGUAGAUUCCAAAAAGUGUACACAGAGCUGAUUAAGCAAUCCAAGGUUAUUGCAAAUCAUGUAAUGGUAGUCUAUAAGAUAAUAUGUGUCCUCAAUGGAUGUGACUGAGAUUUGUCUGGAACAUUUCCAUUGAACAUUGAGGGGGAUACCUUCCAAGGCCUGUGCCAAGGUUCCUACACCUGAAUUUCAAUAAAGUUGUGGCCUAAUUAAAACCCAUAUAUUGUUGUCAGGUCUCAUUUCGGGGGCGGGGGGAGACGCCAGGGACAGGGUCUCGCAAAUACAAUGGUACCUCAGGUUAAGUACUUAAUUCGUUCUGGAGGUCCGUUCUUAACCUGAAACUGUUCUUAACCUGAAGCACCACUUUAGCUAAUGGGGUCUCCUGCUGCCGCCACCGCCGCCACACGAUUUCUGUUCUCAUCCUGAAGCAAAGUUCUUAACCCGAGGUACUAUUUCUGGGUUAGGAGAGUCUGUAACCUGAAGCGUAUGUAACCUGAAGCAUAUGUAACCCGAGGUACCACUGUACCCCACAAAACUGGAUGAAAGUUAAGAGAGAAGAUGCUUGCACUCUUCUCUUUCAAAGCAUGUAGGAGGUAAUCCAAAUCACCAUGUACUUUUGCAACAGUUGACAUUUUUGUUGUUACAUCAAAUGUGCUUGUGAGCUUCUUACUGUUGGACAAGGAAACUAUGUUAUCUUGUAUGUUUCUUUGUUUUCAUUGGCGGCCAGGAAAUUGAGAGCCAAAUGUGUGGCUUAACUCUGAAAGUCCCCCCCCCCUUUUCUGGUUUAUAGCUAAAUAAAACUGUUCCGUACUUAAACUUUUGAAGAGUAAUGGCUUUGAAAGUAGCACAGAGCAAGAGGGAUGAUUUCAGACUAAAAUUGGUGAUGGUGUUACUCAUUUGUUUUGUCAACAGAAAACAUGGCAAUGCACCCAAUUCUUAGCGAUAUCCUCGAGGAGCCCACAGAAAAUAUGAGUGACCAGAAUUUUCAUAGCAAAAUCCUUGGGGAAUCAGAAAGAGCUACUAGUGCACCACCUAAAUUAUCAUCUUAUGUGGGCACUAAACCCACCCAGUCAGCAAAAACUCUUAACAAGACCUCUCUGGAAGAAAUAUUAGACAUGUUGCCAUUAAGACCACACUCUGAAACAUGGAGGUCUCUGAGCGGUAUAAAAUCCUGUCCUACGAAGAUGGAGUAUGGAUGGGGAAAAGGUGAGAUAUAUAUUUGUGAAUAUACUUAAUAUGGUUUCAUAUAGAAUGACAUACCACUCUUGACCAAGUUUUGAUGUUCUUCCUACUGUGAGAUAAUUCAGCUAGGCUGAAUUCAAACCUCAGUGAAAGUCAAUAGCAUUGUCUUCAUUUGCUGCAACUGUUCAUAUAUGCCUCAAAGGUGGUCAUCACACUAUUUCUACCCUAUUUAACAAUUCUAUAUCUGUAUGUUUGUAUGUGUUGUUGGUGCACAUGAGUGCCCCAGUCAGCACUAACUGAGGCUUAACUUUCUUUAGAAGGGGAGCUCACUGCAAACAUAUGGUACUUUUGUUAUUUUUUAUUCAUUUAGAAAUGAACCUAAGGCUGGUCAAGCUAUGCUGAUGAAGAAAUUCCCACAAGCACAAUUUCCUGGAAGUAAAAAUACAAGAAUAAUAAAUCAUUAAUAAUUUGUUGCUUUUUCAUGACACCCCAAAUCAUGAGGUACUGCCUGAGGUGACCAUCUCACUUUACCUCAAAGCUGGCCCUACCUAUAGGCAGACUCCUAUUCAUAACAAGUGACUUCAUGGUUCCUUCCAGCAGCUCAGAAUUUAUUUUGAGGGAUUCCCUGAUAUAUUAUGAGACAUUAUUUUCCAUAGCUUGUUUAUGGCUUAUAGCCCACCCUUAAAUGUUUUACUCAGGAGUAAUUCCCUGAACUCAAUAGGACAAAGGGCCAAACUAGAUAUGGCCUUUGUCAGGUCAUUUGCCUUAGUGUGCCUGAUUAACAAAAGAGAAAAGUUGGUGUAGCCCAUUCCCAACCCAAAUGGCAUGGAGAAAGAUACGUGAAAAAUACUUGUCAGGAAUUUGUGGAGUUUAAAAAGACAAUAAAGCCUUUUUCUCUUCAUGGUGUAUUAAAAAUAUACUAGUGCUUUAGGUCAAAGAGAGACAUUUUUUAUCUUCUUGCUCUACAUGUGAGCAAUUCAAUUGAUGUCUACCCCAGCAAGUCACAGGUGUGGAAACAGGAAAUCUAUAUGACAAAAUGAAAAAGGCUUGCUAUGAAUAGUUGAGAAAGGGUAUGUGUGUUUGUACAGACAUUUUUUCGUAGAGUAUGCAUAAUUCUUGAAACUCAAAUACAGAACUGAGAAGAAAAGUUGACACAACCAUACUCCACAGAGGCCUUUCUGCUCUUACUUCUCUCCAUGCUGUCUUUGUAUUUAAAAAAAAUAAAAUCCUUUUAAUUUAUUUAUGUGUGUGUGUAUAUGUGUGUUUGUGUAUAAAAGUUGAGCUCUGAGAAAUUCUCAGGGGUUUUUUAAUGCUCAAAGAUUGUUAUACUUUUAUUGAGUCUGUAUGCACCUGUUAAAAAAAUCUUGUUUUAGAGGUUGUGAAAUGACCAAAGGAUUUUAGUUGUAAACUGAUGUAUUUACAAAUGGAAUGUUUAUAUCCAAGUAUUUUAACCGGAACAUAUACAUUAUAGUUAGAUUUCUAUAAACACCUUUCAUUCAUAAAUCUAUAUCUUUGGUUGAUGCAAAGUAAUCCAAAAAGUUAAUUUCCAUGUCUGUAUAUGUAAUAUACUGUGUAGAACCUUUUCAGCAGCAGUCCUCUAACUGCAGAAUUGAAAACAAGAAAGAGUCUUGUGCACCUUAAAGACCAACUAAUUGAUUAUAGCACAAGCUUUCAUGGAAUAGUGUCUACUUCAUCAGGAGCAUCAAGUGUAAUACUCAGCUGGUAGCUGGAUGGCUCUUCUUAAUUCAUGACUGUGGCCAACUCAGCUUCAUUCGCCUCUCUCUCAUCUGUCCUUCUGGCCAGCAUUGCCUCCACUUUUCUGACACUCCUUCACCUCAGAAUUUUCAGCUUUGCUUUUGCAAGGCAGCUGAGACUUAAACAAAAACACAAUGACAGGCAGGGGUUAUGAGUACAGCCCAUAGUGGACAUAGGAAUAGCAUCUGUGGCACUCUGCCCUUUAUGGUAAUGGUUUGUAACAUGCAUUUAUAGAAGCAAUUGGUUUCCCUUUCAAGUACAAGCAGGCUUUCCUGUAGCAGAAUAGAAUAAUUUUUGUCUGGAGCCUUUGACAAAAACAGGAGUGCUUUAUAUGUAAGAAUGUCAGGAUAAGGUGCACACUACACAAUUACUGGGCAACUAACCCCGUUGAACUAAGUGGGGCUGACUUCUGAGUCAACAUGGGCAAUGUUGAACUGCAACGCCCCUUUCACGGAGUAUUCAAAUAAUACACAUUUUUGAUGUGGCUUGGGUAUAUGGUAACUUCAUUUUCAGUGAAUGCCAUAAAUAUAAUGAAACAGAAGUUCAUGGUAGUUUUGGUGUAAUUUUCCAUCCAGAAUUCUUUCCUCUCUGUGUGGGAAGAGAACAGAAGGAGUUCUUUUCACGUAUGCAUGUUGUUGAAGUCUCCAGAAUUUUUUCCCCACGGUCUUGCAUAUUUAAAAACAAGAAUUUUGUGCAUACAUCCCUUGUAAGCCCAGCUUCUGAAGCUGCUUACAUUUAAAAAUGGUUUGCUUUACAAAUAUAUAAUAAAGAAAUUGUGUGUGUGUGUGUGUGUGUGUGUGUCCUACUUGACUAGUGGUCUGAAUCCAUAAUUAAUUGUACAUCUACAUAUGUGAAUUGCCUGAGUUGGCAGUUUGUUCUUAUGUCGGUAGCUUCUUUAUGAAAUGUAUUAAACGCUUUCCAACUUGGAAUAACAAUAUCAACUAUUGCUUUGGGUGCAACUCUCCUAUUAUUGUUAAUUAUUUUUUAAAAAAACAACAUUUCCCCUUUUUACUUUUGAUAGAGAAAAUGUGGCUAAGUGAUGUAUUUACCGAGGUUGGAUCACUGAGUAGAGCCAUGGAACAUGAGAAAGAUAAACAAAAGCUAUCCAUUGGGUAAUGUAUUGAAAUGGUUGGAAUAGCAAUUCAUAUUUAUCUCUACUGCAAUUCGUUUUGAAAGGGUACAAAGAAUAAUCCUGAGCUCUUAUUGUGCUUUAAGUCAGGCUAAUAAUAAUAAUAAUAAUAAUAAUAAUAAUAAUUUAUUUAUACCCCGCCCAUCUGGCUGGGUCUCCCCAGCCACUCUGGGCAACUUCCAACAUAAGAUUAAAAAGACAUUAAAAAUUACAAUUUUAUAUAACCAAUGCAACUUUUCAAUUUGCUGACAACAGAAUUCUACUACAAUUUAGAAAAGGAAAUCUCACUUGCUAUGUAUCCAUAAUUUAAAUGAAACUAUUCUGAUGGUGAAUGUGUUCAUUUAAUUAUUUAACAGCACAAUUCUGUAUAUCAAAAGUCCCCUUGAAGUCAGCGGGCCUGUCGAAUCUACAAGUUUAAUUGUACAUAAAUGCUGUAUUUAAUUGCAUUGUAUUGUAAAAUAAGCUUUAGACAUAUAGCAAGUAAAUUUUCACUGGGUAUGGUAGGCUAUCUUGUAACUAAGCCUUGUGACUAGAUCACAGGUAUUAGACUCAACAGAAAAGCUGUAAUUUGACUACUUACCUGUGUGCAUAGAUGUAGAUGAGAGAGCUUGAAACACAGAGAUGCACAUACGCAGUUACUCAGGAUGCAGGAGGAGAGAGAGACAGUCAGUGGUGUUGCAUCCUUUGCUGGAGCCCAGGGCGUACAAGCACAUGAGCUGGGUGGGACCAGAGGUGGGGCAGUGAACAAAACCUGCUGCCCCAGCUCAGCCCUCACAGGAGGACGGGUUGCGCUGCCUGCCUGCACAUCCUCUCCAACAUUGGCCAGGUGGCCAUUUAGUGAGGGGGGCAAGGACGCAGUGGCAAGGCAGGGCAGGACGGGGACACAUUUUAGAAAAAAAGUGUUCAAAACACUGUGUUCUUAGUGCUCUACAUCUACAUGUGGAUGUUGUAUCCCAGUUGAACAAAUGCUUUCCACUUUUCCUCCCGACAUUAUUGGCCCAGUAAUAUUUAUGACAGCAAUAACACAUGCAGUGCAGACUUGGAAGUCUAGUCAGAAAUAAGGCCCAUUGAGCGCAAUUGGACCUCCUCCCAGUACAGUAAAUAUAGAAUAACAGCCUUGGUAUGAAAAUAACUCAAUUCCUAAAUGUUUGGAGUCCAUUGCCUCAUUGUCACAAUGAUUUAAAAUAGGCAAAUAUUAUUUGCAAAUGGUUAUUGCCUAGCCAUUUAAGUUUUGUAACCCCAUAUUUCGGGGGAGGGAGGGAAAUUGUAUAGUCUUUACUGAGGGUACUCAGUAAAUUUAUAGCUGUGUAAAUAUUUCAGCUGUGACACAUAGCUCAUGCUGGUAACCACUACUUAUGAUGAUGCUAAGACAGCUCUAAUGCUGCUGCUGUCAAUCAGCAGUGCCGCCCUAUGAUAUAACAAGCCAUUGCAUAGUUUCAUCCAAUGAAGUUAUAUUGCCAUAGGCAACCGGCGAUUUGCUUUAAGGCUGCUGUUUCUGCUUGUGAUCUCACACACUGGGGUCAUCUCAGAACCUUUGUUCCACAAUUUGAAAUGUCAUAGAGGUACUGUAAUCUAUUUCUACUUAUGCAUGGUUUUGGAGGGUGUUUUGAGCUGCUAAUCUUUCAACGGUUUAAUGAACUCCAAACAUUCUGUCAUGAUGAUCAUUUUUUUUAAAAAAACAACUCCCAGUUGAGCCAUGUUGCUUCUAACAUAUCUCUUUAUUAAUGUCUAAUACUGACUGACAAUAAAAUGGUGUAUUCUAGAAAUUCUAAAAGUCUCUUUUGAAAAAUAAAUGUUGGAAUAUAGAGAGUUGAAUGCAUUUUUGCAUUCUUCACUUCUGUUUUGUGGGAUAAUUAUAUUCUCUUGAAAAGAAUACUGUGCAAAUGAAUGAUCACAGUGAACGGUGUAGUUGUGCAUAUAGGCUUUUGGCAGUUUCACAUACAUACUCAAAGGAUAACAAAAUUAUAACUUGUAUACAAUUUCUUUUCUGUAUGCUUGCAUUGAUUCUUUUUGCUCAAGUUGAUGUAAUUUGUAUAAAGCCAAUUCACACAUCCAGUUUAAAAUUAACUGUUAAAAACAUCUUUUUCAUCCGUAAGAAUGUCUGUUUGAAUUUGUCAGCUUUGAUGAUUUUCUUACAGCCCAAUUCUAUGCAUGUUUUCUCAGAAUUAGAUCCAAAAGUCCAGUGGGGAGUUAUUCUGAUUGAAUGAAGUCACCCAACUAUUGUAGGGGCCAGGCAGCUGGAACAAAUUACACCACUAUCUCACCAGUUACCGUACAUUUUCUGGCCAAGUACAAAGUGCUGGUUAUGACCUUUAAAGCCCUAAAAGGUUUGAGACCUUAUCUUAAGGACUGUCUGCACUGUCAGUCUGGCCAUAUAAUAUCCAAUUUGAAGACCCUGUUGAAAUGCCUCCCUGUAAAAACAAUCAGGUUGGUGAGCACCCAGAACAAGGCCUUUUCAGUAGCAGCCCCCCAAUUAGAGAAUUUUGAUUCCAAAUGAGAUCAGGCUUACCUUGCUAACUUUAAGGUCCAUUUAAAGACCCACUUUUUCAUCAUGGCUCUUGGGGGCUAAUCUAGGUUAUUGGAUUUUAUUCUUUGGAGCUAAAGGCUAAAUUGUUGAUGGAGCUAAAUUAAUGCAAUAAGCAGUAAGCAGGACUCCCAAGCUCAGGCUUUUAUGUUCCUAGGAUGGAACUGGAUAUUUUAAUUGUUUCAACUGGUUUUACUGUUGGAUUUUAUCCAUUUACAUUUUUGCAUGGUUGUAAACGGCUUUGAGACAAAAGUGGUCUGUAAAAGUGUUGGGGACAGGACUGUUAUUAUGAUGAUUGUUUUAUUAUUAGGCUGUCUGUCUGUAUGCUUUUUACUUUGUUUUUAUUAUGUUUUUAUCAUUUAUAUUCCGUAAUGUGCUUUUAAAGUUGUACACUGCCCUGGGAUCUUUUGACAAAGGGUGUUAUAUAAAUUAAAGUAAUUAUUAUUAUUUCUUUAACUCAAAUUGGUAGCAUUUAAUUUUGGGGGGGUUCUGCCCUGUACAUAUAAGCAUAUUAUAAUAAAAUAAAAUAGCACCUUAUAACUGAUUCCAGAGAAGAUAGUCUCUGAAAACUUUCCUUCCUUCCUUUCUCAUUAUGCCCUGCAUGACAUCUCACACACUUCAGUCUCAAGAAAAUCUGAAUGAAAAAUUAAUAUUUCAUGAAAACAUAAGUGCUUUAGUUUGACAUUUAGCUUUUCCCCUCCCCACCCAGACAGCAUUUUCAUGUGAAGUUGCUGCCAUGUUUCAACAGUGGCUUUUGCCUUCAAUCCUAAGCAAAUGGGAAAGUGUUGAUGUGCUGUUUCUGGAACAGAUCACAAAGCAGAUUGGCAUUGUGCUGGUUAUGGGGCUUAGCCCAAUUCCACCCACUUGUACAGAAGGGAAUGUCAGCGACGGCUCAGACGGCUUUCCUUCUUGUAGAGUUAUCUGCAUUACAGAUAGCUAGAGGAUGGACAGAUGCUAUUAAACUUUAUUUCCGAGCAUAAACCACAGUUCAGACUCGGAACACAGUAUGUUUGCAAAAAUCAAUACCAAGUUUUAUUUAUUUUUAUUUUAUUUUUAAAAUGUAUUGCUUGCCUUUCAAUUCCAUUAGAGCACUGAAAGUGGUUGCAGGGCACAUGCUUUCUCAAGCAAUUCCUCACUGUUCAUGAAAUGUUUCGAUUUUUGAGAUUAUAUAAAAGGCAUGUACUAGUACCACUGUUUCUACAAAACACAUUGCUCUGUUCCUUUACAAAAAAAAAAUGUACAUAAGUUAUUUAAGUAGAAAGAUAAAAAAAGAAAAAGAAAUAAUGGUUGUUUGUUUUGUGCAUGUUUGUUUUUGUGUUUAAGCAGCCGUAGCAAUUUGCUUGGAUUAUCCUCAAAUGAACAAAAUCAGACUGCCUGGAUUCCAAAACUUCAGAAGGGUAAAUCUUUAUUGUUAUUUAGCAGUUUCAUUUCAUUUUAAAUAAUUGCCAAUUACUGUAAAAGUGUUAUACUGCAUUUGUACAUUUAAGACUAUUUCUACCUAGGGGUGGAAGUGACAUAUUUUUGAAGGAAUGAGUUGUUAUGGAUAAUGAUCGUAGGGAAAGAGUUUUUUGUUGAAAUACAUUUUGAAAGUUUCAUGUUUGUGUGUAUAGAUAAACACACACACACACACAGAGCAAUAUUUCUGAACACAGAGUGACACCUAAUGUUAGCCAUAUUCAGAGCUGACCCAUUUCAAUGGGUCUAUGAGUUUGUCCAUUGAUUUCAAUGAACUUACUCUGAGUAUGAUUUAGUUGGCUAUUACCCAUACUUUAUUGAGGUCUGUUAUCUAAACUAUGAUUUUUCCUCAAAAAAGGAAAGUAUUUUAACUUUACUUCUGCCCAUUGGCGACCAAACAGUGGUUGCUAUUUUAUAGAUUAUACCAGAUCUUCCUUCAUCAAUCCUCAGCUGCUUGCUUUACUCAUAUACUUCUUCCCAGAUUUGAAAAUGCUCAUGGACAUGUCUUCCUAUAUACUAUCUUGUCUCUGUCUGUAUGCACACCAGUGGCUAGAUCUCUCAAGUUUGCUACAGUUUCUCAUGUCCUAGUUUGUGUAGAUGGUGAAAAGUUAGGACUGGAAAAAUUGGCAAGAAGAUGAGCAACGUUUUUGUUUUGCCGUUCAGCUACAGAGCAGGAUUGCCCUCGUUCAGUUGGAGGCGAAGCUGAAAUAGCAUGGACCACAUAUCCAGUAGCCUCCAGUGUGACCCAAGCUUCAAUGUGCACCCAAUUGCAAGGGAGCCCUUAUUCACAUGGUUUUCAUCUUUUCUGGGAAGAAAAGAAUAAUGCAAAUCAGGUCUCUGUGUAAUCUGGUGCUCCCACGGGAGGCUGGCUCCAUACAGAGGAGGCUACUCUCUCAUGCCACUCCUUCGCAAUGCUUGUUCAGUGCAAUCAAAAUGUACGAACCAUGCUAGCCUUUGUGUGGCAGAGCUAGGUAAUGGUUUUAUCCUGUUUAUGCAGCUUCAUGUUGAUUUUGUAUGGAGUGGAGGCAAUUGACCCACUAACCAGUAUGGCCUCAGCCAGCCCCCCCACCUGCCUGCCUGCCUUCUUUAUGUUGGCAUGCAACCAAGGAAAUGGGGGCAAUUGGCAGGCCCCCAGCUGGCUCCAGCCCACUGGCCGGUGUGCUGGGCAAACUCCAGUCCUUGGUGCAGCAUGAAUCUGCGACCUGAGCUUCAGAAGCUAGGGCACGCUACUCAGCAGAGUAAACCCUGCUCAAACAGCAGGAGAGGCUGUGUGAGCAUAUUUACAAGCAGUUUAUUCAGCAUACAUCAGGACAAAAGGAAACACGUCUGAUCUCCUUUGUGUCCAAAGCAAAAAAACCAGCGUAAGCAAAAGCUAUACACAAAACAGAAGUUCCCAGCAUACUGUGCUGGAGUGUAAACAGACAUGUGACACACAACAAUCAUGCCUGUUCCUUAAGGUGGAAUGGAAUAUCCCAACACUUUAUACUCUAUCCAGGGGGUGCCCCUGCCUGUCAGCUACCUCCUCCUCAGUCUCUGGGAUGUGCCUGCAGAGCCUAGCAGGCAGGAGGAUGGUGACAAAACUAGAAUCAGUUGGCUCUUCCUGUCAUUGGCUCUGGCUCCACCUGAUGCUUGGACCUUCUCUCCUAAUGGUCCCAGGGUGAACCUGCCACCACUUGCAUUUAUUUGUAUGCAAGACUACGUCUGACCACAUGCAUUCUGUAAUUGGAGAGCCCUUUCCUCUAGAUCAGGGGUAGUCAACCAUUUUAUACCUACUGCUCACUAAUGCAUCUUUCUUGAUGGUAAAAUUUUCUUACCACCCACCAAUGCUCGAUGGAAGGAGGAUUCAGCUUGUGCCAUAGAACCCCCUACUGCCCACCUAGAAUCCUGAAACACCCACUAGUAGGCUGUAGUGUAGGGACCAGGUUGACAACCCCUGCUCUAGAUGGUUCCCACUGAAGUAUUUGUGUCACAAAAUACACAUAUUCCUCUUAGAAGUCUGGAGAUAGUUCUGAGUUUGGUCAUUCUUGGUGCUGAACAGGAGGAAUGACAGCCAUCAUCUUGGUGUGUGUGAUUUAAUCUACUUGUCAGAUCCUCAACAGUUGGAGAUCCACAAGUUAACAGUAUCAGCAAAUCCACAUUAUCCCAAAUGAUACAAUGCUCUUCAUAUUUUUGGUGUGAAGGCAACAUUUCUCAUCACACUUCCCACAGUGUAACUAAAUAUUCUAUCUUUAUUAAUUACAUCUUUACAUCUUUAUGUAAGAAAAUUGUGUCUCUUUUCAGUACUUGACUUAUGCUUUGAAAAAAAUGCAUUAAUUUAAGUAAGGAUCAAUUUGUUAUUGCUCGGUGAGCCCAGUUAUUUGCAGUAAAUGCAUACAAAUUAAUUUGGAUAUGGAAAUACAUUUCCUGUUUUAUGGCAACUCAUCUCUUCAACACUUUCACUAAGUAGAGAACACCGUAAUUUGGAUGUAUACAAAGGCUGUUUAUUCCAAAUAUUUCAUCCACAUAAAUGUUUUAAACAUGAGUUGGCACAGACGUUUUGCAUAAAAUGUGCUACAAUGCAACUGCCUUUUGAAACAAAACAAGGUUGUUCUGUUUGCCUGUUAAGUCAGCUCUAGCAGUUCUUAGAAAUGUCAUUUAUUAAAUGUCACGCUAAUUGCUUGUAAUAUCAACCCCUGAAAAGCAAACCUUUGUGAGUGAUCUUUCAGAAGCUUUAUUUUUCUCUGUUCUGUCUGUCUGGUACAUUUUGAAGAGAAUAAACAAACAAGAUUUACCUUUGAUACAGCACCACUCGCUAAAAAUAUAAGGCUGACUGACUGGUGCAUUUAAGGAUAUUUCAUCUCUGCGAAUAAAAAUGAUGCACCCAUUCUAAAUUAAUCAAAUGCUUUAAAAUUAAUUUGAUGAAAUUAAUAUUCUAAGAUUGAUGCCAUCAUUUAUCAUCAAUAUGCUAUACUCUGAGUCAGGUUAAUGAGUUAGGGGGAAAGUCCAUUCUUUUUUUGGUUUCUCUGCUGUAAUAGAUGGCCAAUAAUGAAAAAAAGAAAGAAAGAAUAAGAAGUAAGAAGUACCUGCUAGAUCAGAGGAAAGCUCCACCUGGUUCAGCCUCCUCCUCCUUACAGGGGCCAGCUGGAUGCUUCUGAGCAUCCCAAAUGCAGGGCAUGGAGGCGAUAGUUCUCUAAGAUCAUAAGAUCAUCCCCAAAGCCUAUCUAGUCCUGCAUCCUGUUUCCCAUAGUGCUCCACCAGAUGCCUAUUGGAAGCUUACAAGCAGGACACAAGUGCAGUCGCCCAUUCCCUGCUGUUGUUUUCCCAGCAGCUAAUAUUCAAUGUACACACAGGUAAGUAACAUGACAGUGGGCUAAGGCAGAAGGGUGUUCUGGGCCUAUGUUGUAUGGUAAGGGUUAAUAUUUGUUUUUUGAUGAACAGAAGCCAGCAUUACAAUCAGAUGCUGCUGAUUGCUUCUAAUGCUAUUUAUAUCUCCUCCAGACUUAUUAUCUAUAUUUCCUGGAGGCUUAUUUUGAAAUUGUUUUUAUGUGCCACUGUAGCUAUUGGAUUAUUCAGUGUAGCUCACUGUACAUGUGGCUAUUCUUGAAGAUGGCUUGGAAACUGCAGGUGGUUCUGAUGGCAUUUCCACUCCCCCAUAACAUUAGUUCUUUAACACUUGCCUUGGCUGUUUAUCCGUGAAUGAACCUAAUUCAAAGCAUUCACCUUGACAUAAAAAACCCCUGAAUGGCUUGUGACCUGAAGAGGUGUCCUCCCAUCACAACAAUGUGCAUUCAGUGUGGGAUGCCAGUGCUCCCCCGCCAUAUUUUAAAUUGCUGUUACCCACCUCAAGGUUACCUCUGAUGAAGGGCAGGAUAUAAAUCCUGUAAGUAAAGAAAUGAGCAAAUGUUGGUAUAUGUUUUUGAGCUAUUAAAAGUAACCAUUCCUAUCAGCUGUGCCAUGUUUAUCAUAACGUGGUCACUUAGUCGCUAGGCCCCCAAAAUGAGAAUCAUUCAAUAAUUAUAAUGUUAGGAAGUACUUGCCAUUAGAGGUAUUGCAGGCUGGCACUUGUCCUUGUUCUGGCAGGUAUCUCAGAUAUUAUGGUAUCAGCCUAAUUAAGAGAACAAAAUGGAAAGGGAAUGAAAUCUUCUGUUGAAAUGAACUGAUGGAAGGUACCUGUCCUGCAUCAGUAGAGACUCAUUCCUUUUAGUAUAAUUGACUUCACUUGUUGACAUUUCCUUGGACAGAUCAGGGUGGGUUUUCUUUUCAUGCUCAACGGAUGCAGAUAUAGCUACCUACGAGUAGGAUGGAAUUUAUCAUGGCACUGGAUUGACUGCUUCGAUUGGCACAUAAUUUGUCCCUUUCGUUAUAAAAUAGGUCUUGGCUCCACUCCCUGCAAUUUUGAAUGUUUUGGUCUGUAUGCACUUUAGGGUGGUAUAACUUGAUUGUUCCUUUUUUCUGCUUGUGGUGCACUGGACUGCAUAAAUAAUUCUGAGGCUGAUGGUAACUGGAUAUUAGCUUGAUAAAUUGAGCUGCACUUGGUAAACUGUUGAUUCUUUUUAGUACCAUAACUCACUGCCACUGUGAGUCUUGCACAAAUUGGCUGGUUUUAAGAUGAAACAAUUCUGAAAAUUCUUAACUUUGAGGGCCAGGUGUUUUCUUGUUUUCUGUGUGUGUGUGUGUGUGUGUGUGUGUGAAUGAAUAGACAGAAAUAUUCUCAUUUGUAUGUUUUCAGCUGCAACAUUUAGUUGACUAAGCAAUGAAAUACCUUUUGGUUGAUUAAAAAGCUGCCCCAAUUAUUCGGGGAGAAAGAUAGCUAUAUCUAUAUAGUCAAUUAGGUUGCAAUUAAUUUAUUUGUUGUAAUUAACCUGGUAAUUUCAAAACAUUUGUUUGUAAGAAUGUCUCAAUUUAUAAGAAAUAAAUUCAUAAAUAAGUAAAUUUAUAAGAAAUAAAUACAAUAAUUGUUCAUGCAAGUACUCCACAAAUUCAUGACUGGCAGGUACCUUCUUUGAACAGGCUUUCUUACUUUUUUCUUACACAAACAGAAUGCCUCUUUUGAGAUAGUGACACUUAAGUAGAUCAUAUAGAAUCCAAGAAAAUGCUCCCCCCCUUUGUUUGGCACUCCUCAUUCAAUAAGUCAAACUGUGUGAUGUUUCCUGUACAGUAUGUCUUGUGCAAGGGCUGGGAGACACUGAGCAAACCAGAUCACAAAUGCCUUGCAAUGAAAUAGACCCUGCAGACAGUAGCUGGCCAUGCAUGCUGGCAGAACAGGCAGACUCUGAGGAUAUUCAGAGUACUCUGCCAAAAGAAAACAGAUAUGCACUCAUGUGAUUGUUUGCCUGGUACAAGGAAAGGAAUCCUCUAGGCAUACAUUAAGUGCAAUAUAACUGUGAAUGCAGACUGUGAUACUGGACUUGUGGUAUAUCAGUAAAUUCACAGGGAAAACAGUUUUAAAAGGAAUGCAGUAGGUGUUGAAAGGGCAUACAGAGAGCACUUUUUUUGGGGGGGGAGGUGAAAUGUAGUCAUAAAGUUGCCUGCAUAGCACAAGGGAAGGAAGUGUUGGGGCAUAUACUGAGUGCGAUAUAGCCAAUUGCACCUACACAGCCUGUGCUUUGGAAUUCACAGCCAAUUACACUUGUGCAGCGUGUGCUGUUGGAAUUAGCUGACUUGCUUCAUGACCUGAGAUGAGAACUUGUGCCUUGCACACCCAGUGCAUGUGAUGAGCCAUAAUAGCGGAAGCACGGCAUCUUGGGUGGACUGACAGCAGGCACUAGAACAUGUGUUUGGAACGCAUGCAGUUUAUGCUUCUUCUCCCUUCCAACUUCUUAAGCUCCGUGGAAUUAGAAGACAACUCUCCUUGCCUGAGUGCUUCCGUAUUUAUUUCCCUUCUGCUCUAGCCCAACUGACUGAAUUUCUCUGUUCAUUUAUGUGCUGCUAGAAUUGAAAGAGGGCUUGGUUAGGGACUUAGAACAUGGACUGCAACUCCCAUGAGCCCCAGCUAGUACGGUUAAUGGUCAGAAUUUAUGUGAGCUGUAGUCCAGCAACAUCUGGAUAGCAUCACAUUUGCUGGCCCUGGGAUAGAAGGAGGGAAUUCCUUCUGCACUCUCCACCUGCCUUCUGGGCCCCUUACAUUGCUGACAAGAGCUGGGCUGAAUUCUGCAGGUCUGUUGCUACCCCUUAUUCACCAUGUGGAAGUGGCACCUAGUGAUGGGAUGUUCCUACUCACAAUUUGAUUCUUACUUCUUCAGCUAAAAUCCAGUUUCUCAGAUACCAUAAUCCUCCUGGAAAUAAAUGCCAUUUAAAAACAUGACACAUUACCAUACCAUUGAUAGCUAUAUUGCACCUUAUAUUAUCAGUUGCAAUGCUUUUUGGAAUUCUGAUCACUUUCACAGUCUGUUACAUUUAGUAGCUUCUUAGAUCCAGUGUUUAUCAAGUUUUCUUUGUUAUAGAUGAUCUCUGUUUUGCAAGAACUUAUGCAUGAAAUGUAUUGGGUUCUUAUAAAUGACUUAGUGAUUUGACAUCAUAGCCAUGUUUGUGCAAAAAUGGAGUUAUUUUCCUUUAUUUACAGUUCAAAAGAAAAUGAACACAAGUUCAGCCCUGUAUACAAGUUAUUUAGAAAUACAGUAUUUUGAUCUAUUCAAUUAUAUUCUUUCGUUUUAGACAACUCGAUUAGGUGAAAUCUAAACUGUCCAAAUCAAGCCUUCAUGACACCGCUAUUCAAAUAAUUAGGAUUUGAACUGACAUAAGAUCCUCCCUCCUCAUUUUUCUAAUUAUACAGAUAAACUGGUAGCUGCUAAUUCUAUCUUCCAGCACUUAAUUGUUUGUAAGUGCCUAAAGAUUAAAGCUAAAUGUCCAAUUAAAAAGGUAUUAAACUAUUGUGAGAGUUUAUGGAAAGAUAACACAAAUUUUGAAUUAAAUGGUCACCGAGGAAUAGUACUGCUGAAAUUGGUUGGUUCUUCCCAGUUCUUUAUUGCUUUGCCGGAAGUAAGACUCUGAAGGAUUAGAUUACUGUUAUAACCAUGCAAGCGUUUAACUUGAGGAAGGGAAUUAGACAAGUAUGGAAUGAUUGCAGUUGAGCUUUUGACUGGCAGUGACAAGAUAAGGAUAUAGUAUUUAUCUUUUUAACAACAUCACAAGAAAAUGACACUUGUGUUGUUGCUUUGACACAGUAAAGCAUAUAGGCCUUGUAAUUCAACCCAACUGGGCCUGCCACAACCCUAUAAUUUCUGAUUUUCAUAGAGCAGGUAUGGGGAACUGUUUUCAAAUCAGGGUAUACAUUCUCUUUUGGGCAAGCUUUUGAGGGCCAUGUGCCAAGGGUAGGUGAAGCCAGAGGCAAAGAUGCGUGGAGCAGCAAAUCCUAAUUUUACAACAGUUUACACAUAAACAGCUUUCUGUUUUAUCCACCUAGGCAAGCAAGAAGUACUACCAGAGUUCAAGGACACACUCAAAGACACUCAAAGAGGGGGGCAUUAAAGCAGGUCUGGUGAGCGGUGUGGCCUGGGGAGAGGGGCAUAGUUGAUGAGAGCACUAAAGGCUAGACAGAGAGAGUUGAAGGGCCAUCUUUGGCCCCUGGUCCACCACCACUACACAAACAGGACACAGCACACGCAGCCUCCACCAUCCUGUGAAAACCCCUUAAUCCCGAUUUUAUUUUAUUCUCUGGUAGAUUUACAAAAAGAAAAACACACAGCAAUAAAUACAUUUUAGAAAGGGGCAUUAUUAGACAUAGACACACAUAGCAUUUUUUUCCUUUUUUUAGUGAAGGCUCCUUUUGCUCUGCAAAAGGAAAGGCCAUGGAGAACCAAUAGGAUUCUCCCUCGCAGCUGUCGCGAACUAUGUCACCACCACUCCUUGGGAUAAGCGUUGGCUCAUCCUUUUGCGUGGACAGGUGGAGUCCCCAGAUCCCGCGCAGUCCCCCCAUCAUGUGGAAUAACGACUCAAGACAACGUGCUAUGGGAUUAAAUUGGCCACAACUUUAUUAAAUUUCAAAUGUGGGUAGACUUUGGCUCAGGCAUUGGGCAUUCUCCCUCCCCAGUCCCCAGCCGGGGACCUAGGGAGCAUCAGGGUUAUCCAGUGUGUGUGUGGGGGAUGGGCUGGCUCUGGAGAACAUAUGUUCAAGCAGAGAUAGCCGCCCCCCGUUACGCCGCCGCCGCAGGGGAGAGCAAUGACGACCUUUCGGCGUAUGGUCAAAGCCUCCCUUCAGAAACCCCUUUAACGGGGAACCCUGGUAUCGCCGCCGCAAAGAGGAAGAUGGACUAAAGGAUUCCGCCCAAGGCCUGAUACUGCCAAAGUUGUGACGUUUUGCUACGGGAAAGGCAAAACCUGCCAAUGCAGGGAAAUUCCUGUCCGGCCCUUUAACAGCGACCUUAACGUAGCAGCGCCCGCAUACCUGUGAAGAAAAGUUAACCUGCAAAACCUGUGAAGAAAAGUUAACCUGCAAAAUAAGACAUUAACUGAGGGUGGGUAGGGUGGGAGAAGCUCUGGAGCCAAGUGAGGAUUCCCAGGUAAGAUCCCCCUCUAUUGUGUGGGCAGGUAAUCCCUCCCCGCCCUGGCCUGGUCUCCUUGGCAACGCUUCCCCCAGGUGGGAUUGGACAACUGACUGAGGUAGGCGGAGACCUCCAGGUAUCCCACCUGAGAGAAGGCAAAGCCAAGCCUAUGCUGAUGGAGCUGCUCCAGAUCCAGGGGCUGCGCGCGUCCACGCAAAGGGCGCCCCCCAUUUUAAGCGGGGAGCGGUCAUUCCCUGAGCUUGAUGGUGGCAGCACUGAUGGGGGAAAUAGGGACAUUCCAGGAUCAGAUCAUGAGCUGGGACAAUUUUCAUAAUUCCAGGACUGUCUCUGGGAAAUCGGGGCACUUGGAGGCUAUGUGGUGGCAUGGUCAGGUUCUGUUAGGAUAACAAAACAUUUGAAUAGGACCUGAUGUCUUUCCCAGUAAUGGUUCUAAUUGGUGUUUAAUUCUAUUGAAACCUGGGUCAGCUGACUGGCCAUUCUCAUGCUUCUGGGCUCAGCAUUUCUGAAGCUAUAGAUAUAGCUCAUGUUGCAUAAAGCCCUCUACUGCCUUUUACUUGCCAAUUUUAUAGAUGUCAAUGCUGGAUUCCUAGGGUUGGUUUAACAAUUUUGCCUUCAGCAGCCAAGAAAGAACAGAUGAGGUGCAUAAAGAUGGAAAUAAGAACGUGGUUGUUUGGGUUUUUUUUGGGGGGGGGGGUUGUGUCAGACUGGCAGAAGAAAUGUAUUCCAAAGUAUCCACUGUCUGUUUUAGAAGCUCUGAAGGUCACAGAAUAUCCACAGGUGUGUUUCGAUGAAAACUGUAAUGGGAAAAAUGUCACCUGCUGAAAAUUGACCUCUUUCAGAGCUCUGGCAGAGGCAUGUAGCUCAUCUUCCACAAAUUCUCCUCCUUAUAGCAUCAGACAGAAAGCCUGGAAAUAUUUUAAAAAUAAAAGUCUAGUUAUGCUUUUACUCAGUUUGCAUCAUUUGGGGGUGGUUUUGCCCACACACAUCUUGCUGCUAAGUUGUGUUGUCUUGAUUAUUAUGGCAUUGAUGUAUGGUAAAAUUUCAGUGAUCUUCCCAAUAGGAAGAACAUACCAAGACUGGAGAGGGGUAGUAAUAUCAGAUACUAUACCUCCAUACUCAUCACUCACCAGUAAGGAACAUCAAGAAAGACUGAAAGCAAUAACGAAAAGGCAUUGGCACAAGAUGGUAAGUCAUAGUUGGAUUUCCCCCCAGCUUCUGAAGUGUCCCAUAGAGUUUAGGAAGUAUGCUCUGAUACCAUGGAGCAGGAUUAUAAAGAACAGAAGUUUAUUGAGUGGUCUUAAUCUGUGUAUGCUUGUGGAGAGCAAUCUUAAGUUUUCAGAGUUCAUAUUAAAGAAUAGAGGAGUUUAUAUGUGUGAACCUAGUGAGCUUUAGCUGUAUGUUUUCAAACCUCAGGCCAUACUUGAUGUGCAUAGUAUAUGCAUAUAUGUUUUUCCUAGUGGGGCAAAUAAAAAACAGAGCAAAGGUGGAGAUUUUCUCAGGGAAAAUUAUGUGGGGUGGAGAUUUAACUCCCUCACCCGAUGCUACUGUUCUGUUCUGGGUUGCUGCCCUUUUCCUCCCCUACACCCCUGCUACACUAUGAAACUUCACAAUCAAACAUCCAACUCUACACUGAAGCCUUCACCACAAUUAAAUUUUACUUAUAAACAUAAUCUCCUCUCAUACACCAACCCUCUCCUAUAUAUACAAUCCCUCACUGAACACCUCCACGCACUCCACCCUGUGCUGAAAGCCCCCUUGCACACACUGCUUCACACUGACCCUGAUCCAACAAACAAGCACAGGCCAACUCAUACAAGGAAAGAAUUCUCUUGCAGUACAGUAAGACCCAGCUGCUUCAUAAGGACCACAGCAUGAGGCAUCUUUGCUGUUCCCAGGCAUAUCUUCAUCCCAAUCUGGAUUUGAGCCUGAAAAACUAGGGGAAAGUGGGUGUGUGGAGGGUAAAUUGUAAGUAAGUACAAUUUGUGACAUUUGCACAGCAUCAUUCCUAAUUACGGGACAUGUCUCUUAAGGCAUUUGCCUUGGCUUCCAAUUUCUCGGCUUGUAGAGCUUGAGCCAACAUGAGAGCCUUGGCUUUGGUCUUUAUACCAGCAGGUUUUUGGUCACUGAAUAUGAACUCUGUUCUUUAAGAUGCCCUGUGUUAGGUACAAUAUACUGUACUUAAGUUCCCUAUAUUAUGUGGUACUGAAUUUACCAGUUCCACAAUCAAUGAGACGAUAUCUUCAGAAUAUCAGAGCAGUUCCAUCAAUGUUAACACUAGUUAAGGGGCACACCACUUCACUGGAGGAAAAUCAGAAUACUAUAUUCCUUCAAUUAAAGUCAUAAUAAUAAUUAGAGAAGCAAAUUGCUAGCACUGUGCUGUUUAAUUUGAGAGAAGCACCUCAUUUAGAGUAGUUAACUUCUGAGUCCUUAAGUAAUUAUUUAAACAAACUCACUUUAAGAGAUAACAGCAAAUCUCAUGUAGAAACAAAGCCAAUUCAUUUAUUGAACUUUGCUACUGAGCAUUUAACAUGUUAUCUCUCUGAGGCUGUUAUCUCUGUAGCUGAAUUUGUGGAAAUAGAACCUAAUCAUUCAGCUGCGAAAGGCUAUUCACUGAGGUUUAUUUACGGAAGUAUCGUAUAUAGCUUCAUUUACAGAAGGGAUCCCUUCAUUUAAAGGGAUUUAUUGUAUAGUGGAAUACACAGGGAUCAUACUCUAACUAGCAAUUAUUAGAGGGGUGGCGCCUGAAUAAAUAUUGCUUUUGGUUUGUCCUAUUUUUCUUAGAAUGAUAAACAGUUUUCUUCUUCUUCAAGGUAGUCUUUUUUAUGCCCUUAAUCUGGCCAUCCAAAGAUAUUUCAUUGCAAAUUCAAUGCUGUACAACAGGGGUGGAAAACCCCUGGCUCGUGGGCUUUAGGUCUCUGAAUUUUAUUGUUAACCUUUUGCCCACCCCCCUUAGCCGAAUGGACACAGAAAGCACAGCCACUGACAUGUAUCUUAAUGUAAAUCUAUCAUAUAUAUUAAUGUAGCCAAAAAUUGACUUUACUUGCUUGAUGUGAGUGUUAAAAUGUGAGUUUGGUGCAUAUAUUUUCUAAUUAGAUUAAUGACAUUGUUUAUUGCAAUGUUUAUAGGAAGUCCCAUUAUGACUGAGCAUGUUAUUACCAAGGUAUCCUAAAAUAUUGAUGAUGAAUGAGUGUGUGAAAAUACACAAAUGUGAUUAGAACUAAUGUGACCUUGGCUCAGCUCAGAAUACUUCAGGUGUCUUUCUCAAGGAGGAGUCAAUCUCUUUGCAGUGGGAGGGUGGUGUGUGAUGUGGGAGGGAUUUUUCCCUUUGCAAAAUCCAAACCUACAACCAUUGAAACGGGUCACUCAUUUGCUUGGCAAUAUGUUGUUAAUAUGCCAGCCAGCUGACAAUAAAAAAUGUCAAAAAACAGUAACGUACGUCGUAUGUACGUACCUGUGUGUGUGUGUGUGAGAGAGAGAGAGAGAGAAAGAAAGAGAGAGCUCCUCCUCAUCACUUGAACACACAGUACUCCUUAGGCAAUAUGCAUACUUCAGUGGGCAAUUACCAGCUCACUGAGUUUGCAGCCAACUCUGAAAUCAUUAUAAAAAAAUGUAAACAAUAAUGAUAUUUUUUAAAAAACAACAACUGAAGGACCGAACAGUACAGGUGAUGAGUCUGUAUAAUUGUAAUCAGAACUGGUACCUAGAAUCAGAUUGCAUCCCUUGGCCUGACAAACAAAUAUAAUUAAAAGCCAGGCAAUUGGUGAAUGGGGCAAUUGCCCCAUUCACCAAUUCUUGCCAUCUGCUUCCUCUUCUACAUGACUUCUUUCCCCCAUUCUUAUAUAACUUCCUCUUCCUGCAUGAACAGGGAAGUGAGUGUGUGACAGCAGUACUGCAAUUGCUACUACAUCCUCAUCGCAUUUGAUCUCAUUCUGGCACAAUUUCCUUCACCCAGCAUUAGCCAUGCUUUAAAAUAAUAUUUAUUUAUGUGAGGUUAGGUAGCUGUCUCAUAUAUAUUUGAAGGGUACCCCUUCCUUUGUGACCAUUUUGUUCCAUGAAAGAUCUGUCACAGUGAAUACUCAUGCAUGUCUCCUGAACAAUUCUGUUAAUCGGUCCUUUUCUUCAUAGCGGCGCCGUCGAGAAACUAAAGUGAAAAUAUGCUCUGAAGAGCCUCUGAAACCUUCAAGAAAAUCUUACAGGUGCUUUCAAUUAUUUUUCUGAAACAGGACACAACCUAGUUUGCUAUUGGAUUGUUUGCCGUGUGUGUGUGUGUUUUUUAAAUGUCAGGUAUCUUAAAUUUCCAAAAGCAAAAGAAAGGAACAGGUUCAAAUUAUUUUUGGUAACGAUUUAAGGUGCACUUCAACUCUGCAGGAUAUAGAGGUUCUGCACUGGUAAGUGGAUCCUAGGGCUGUUACACAGUGCUGCUAAGUAUUGGCAUCAAACAUGUAAACAGAAGCUGUGCUGGAAGGCCAAGCUACUUGCCACCCAAGCCACUGAAUAUGUGGGGUGCUUGAAGACCAAAUGAAUCAUAAUGUGAAAUGGUGAUAAUUGCAUCAAGGGCUGGGCCAAGAGAUUCUGCCCCUGCCUCUCCAAGUCCUCUUCCUUCUAUGACUCCAUGCCUCCUUUUUCUUUCCACCCCUCUUUACAUUUAUUUUGCCGUAGUGGCAGUCUCUGUGCCGCCGCUCCUACCUUCAGCCCCUUACACUGAGAAAUGGCAAAGGGAAAGUCCUUUCUCAGGGUGAACCACCGGGAGAGUGCCUGGGAGUUGCUGCCGCUCUAAUACCUAGCUAUUCUCUUUAAACUGAGGGCUCAUCUGCACUACACCUUUAAAGCAGUAUCACACCACUUUAAACCAUCAUGGCUUCCCCAAGAGAAUCCUGGGUACUGUAGUUUCUUAGGGGUCCUGAGAGUUGUUGGGAGAAACCUAUUCCCCUCAGAAUUCCCAGAGUUCCCUGGGAAGAGAAAUUGAUUGUUAAUCCACUCUGGGCAUUGUAGAUCUGUGAGGGGAAUAGCAACCUUGAUGAAUUACAGUUCCCAACUGGGUUUGGGAGUAUAAAGGAAGGAAUUUAUACAGAUGCCUUCUGUUUCCUAUGACCAGAAGGCUCCUAUAAAGUCAACCUAUCCAAAUGGUAAAACCAAAUAAAAAAUAAAUCCAAUAAAUUCAGGGGAACACUGGGAUGGUGUUCAGAACUCCACUCUGGAAUGAGUUUAUUCUUCCCCUUCCCAAUAGUCUGUGAAGGGCAUGCAUACCAUAUGGAGAGCAUUAGUGGACAAGGACUGGGCUGGAUUGGGCUAUGCCAUUACCUGGCACUAAAACAGAGACAGACAUUAUCAGUGGUUGGUACUAUCCUCUGCUGUGUCAUGCCAUUAACAUUUUGCAAGCUGGUUGUGUUAAAAGAAUCGAAAUGUCACGUUUUUCACCCAACCUUCUGACACAAUGUUUAUCAGAAAAGUUGGAACGACCCUUUAAUGCUCCUGUUUAGUAUUCUUAAAUUCAGCUGCCGUUCAGGAACACAUUACAAAAUGUAACAAAUGAAAACAGAAGAAAGUGCCUUUCCCCCUAAUGUGCCUAAGCCUAUUUUAUAUCAGUUUGACACACAUAAGCUUCAAGCUUUGCAUUUUCAAUUAUAUGCCUUCCUUAAUUACCGUAGUCUGUCUUGAAACCCCGUUUACUGAAAUAUUUAUUUGUAGGAAGGACAGGGAACUCUUCCCUCUACAGAUGUGGGUGCUCUGUACCUCCCACCAUCCCUGACCAUGCUGGCUGGGGCUCAUGUGAGUUGAAGGCCAACAAAAUGUGGAGGGAUACAAGUUUCCCAUCCCUGGUUUAUAUGAUCAGAUCUAUCAUUGUGCACCUACAGCAUAUUGCACCAUGGUUUCUGUUUAUUUCUUUUGCGGAGGCCGUUAAAAUAUCUGAUCUAAUUCAAAAAAAGCACUGUAUUUUUUCUGAUUAUGAUGUAUAUGUGAUACAUAAUUUACAUGAGAUAUAAUAAUUAGUGACCUAGUUGUCCCACAAGCAUGACAUAGUAGAAACUGUAAUAAGUGAGAUUCUUUAUUCAGUUAGUGAUCUUUUUGUAAUGUUAUGUGUGUCUGUAUUUUUAACCCUUAAAGCUAAGUAGUGGAAUGUCUAUGAUAAUAAAUUCCUCUCCAAAAAGUUCUUAAACUAAGAUUAGAAAUCUCCAGAGCUUAGUUUUACUCAAGUGUCACAAUGACUUAACCUUUGAAAAGAACUGUUAAUGUGAUCAUUCAAUCCCAUAAGAUAUGGAGUGUGAUAUUAAUGCAUCUUCACAGGGAACUCUGGCUAAACAAAAGCCAUCUCUUAGUUCAUUCUGUCAUUUAUCUGUUUGAAGAAUUUUUAUUCCACUCUUCAGCCAAAAAAACACAUGGCACAAGAGGAAAACAGAUUGGAAGGGAGAAGGAAUAAAGCUAACUCUGGUAAUGCUACUCUUGUUGAUUAUUACUAUAUUGGAAUAUACUGUUAUUGCACAACGUCCCUCAACAUUAAUGUGGUAAGGGGGCAUUUUGAACUUACCAUCUAUUGUGGUAUAGUUAUUGCCCCCCAUCAACUUUUUUUGUAUGCUUCUCCACACCAUCAUCAUUAUUCAAGCACACCAGUGCAAGUAGAUAAAUAAGGUACCACUGUGGCGGGAAGGUAAAUGGCAUUUCCUUGCACUCUGGUUUCCGUCAUGGAGUUCCGUUGCACCAGAAGCGGUUUAGUCAUGCUGGCCACAUGACCCAGAAAGCUGUCUGUGGACAAAUGCCGGCUCCCUUGGCUUGAAAACGCGAUGAAUGCCACAACCCCAUAGUCGCCUUUGACUGGACUUAACCGUCCAGGGGCCCUUUACCUUUUACCUUUACUGGAAUUAUGUAACCCCCUUUUCUAUCACAAAAUUGCAACUUUUAUGAAAGAUGUGGGACUCAGCAGUACAGCUGCAAAUAAAACGUUUUAAAUGUGUUGUAAAGUGCAAUAUAAAAAUGUGACAGUGAGCUAUGCCAAAUUCAAUGUAUUUUUCAAAACACUUUUUCAAAAAGCAUUUUCACAGUGUUUAUUUUUAAUAUGUGUGUAGAUUCCACCCUGGAGUGGAUCCUUGAUAUUUUCAUUUGUGUGGCAUCAUCCUGGUUUCUGUAUGUUUAGCUGGUAGCCCCAAGAGAGCUACAUACCUUUUGUACUCAGUUCCUUCCCCUAAACCACGUUUGGAUUGAUUCUUUAUUUCAACAGUUGCUUCUUGAUGAAAUUGUGAAGCUACUAUUCAAAGCAGAUAAAUAAAAUAGCCCCACCUUCACAAUUUCAGGAAGCAGGAGAGAGUGGGACAAAGGGAGGUAGAAGACAUAAGCUUGGGCCCUGUGACAGUCUGGAAAGCCAUAUCAUCCUCUCAUAAAAGGACUGGGCUGCCUGGGUCCAUCAUAAAUAUAUAUGGUAUAGCUCACGUACAUUGUUCAUAUGUUGGUUUCUGUCUCUUUCAGCUUUAGUGCUCCAAAUGUUGCAUUCUUGUUCAGCACAAAUUGUAUGAAUUUUUUUGCUACCCUAUUUCAGUUUAUAAAUAAACCAUUUAUUCUCUGUUCAAGUCCUCCAACAGUUUGCUGCUAAUCCUCAGAAGAUUAAUAUGCUUUCAGCGAUAAUCCUUUCAUCUGCUGAAGUUCAAAGAUGCUGAAUCACUAAAGUUAGUAGGCUGACAGAACUUCCAGUAAAAUGGUACCAAGAAAGUGACGAUCCUUUGAUGGAUUUCUUUUAAUUUUUAAGGUUAAAAUUGUAGGUGGCAUAAAAAUAUCUGGCAUUCACAAACCGUCUUUCAGCACCGAUAGAACACUUGAAAUUUCAGCGCAAAAUAUUAUUUGCCAUUUGUCUGCCUCCUCAUAGCUUUACAUGUGGGCAACCUGCUCUAUAAGAUCUUACACUAAGAGAUGUUGGUAAUGAAAGAGCGGGGAAUGUAUGGAUGGUUAAUGCUUUGUAUAGAUUCCAGAAAAUUGCACAAGAAGCUCUGAGUGCGUUUGUGCUCAGUUAGGUUCUGCUGUUGUGCUUCCCACAGGCAUCUGGUUGGCUACUGUGAGACAGGAUGCUGGACUAGAUUGGCUAUUGGCUGGAUCCAGCCAGCUCUCCUUAUGUUCCUAUUUGAGAUACACUUUCCAUGUCAUCACAAUAAAUUGAAAUUACUGGUUUACUGUGGAUGAACAACAUGCUGGCGCAUACAAUCCAUUCACUCACCCCUUUUUCAAAACAAUCCAGUUAUAGUUAGCUUGAGAUCUAUGUUUGCUACUCUUAAGCAAACCAGGAGUGCAAAUCAGGAUUUGAAGUUAGCUUAUGAAUUCUGACUGGCUUGAGAACAACUGGGGCAGGAUCCUGGCUUUUCAUGCCACAACAAGCUAGCCUCAUUUGGGUUUACCUGUGCACAUGAAAGGAAGAUGCUCAUUCACAGUAAGUCCAGGAAAGCCAGGAAUCCUGGCUUACUGUGAUGUGAAAACAUGGCUACUGGACAGCGACAGAAAGAGCCGCAGGCCUUAUGAUAGGAGAGCUAGGCCUGUACAGCCUGCUGGCUCUCCACUGCUGCCUACUUCUCCAGGUCACUGGGCAAGACAACAUCACACAAGGGACGCUAUGACCUUGGGAUGAGGCAGGGAAGCUGCACAGGUACUCCACACAUAUUGCAGUGGCACUAACUCAUACUUUGAACCUGACUUGUGACACACACUUGGCACGAAAGGUAGGCCAUCAGUGAUUUAAUACAUCCAAAUUGUCUUAUGUGGCAUAAAUUCAAUCUACCACUUAAAUACUUAAGAAAGGUUUUAGAACUAUAUAAUGAAUGUGUAUGAUGUCAUACUCUGUUGGCUGGCAGUGUUUUGUAUAUUCUUGGAGUCCCGCAUAACCUCUUUUUCUCCCCUUCAUUCUCCUUAUCUGUUUAGUCCCGCUCCAAAAGAGUGAGUGGGUCGGAUGGAAGAGAGAGAAUGGUUGCAAAGCAAUGCAGAUAUUGAGAGUGCAUGUAUCUUUGGGAUGGGAAGAAAUGUGCAGUGCAAUCCUAUGCAUAUAUACUCAAAAGUAAAUCCCACUGUGUUCUACUGAACAAAGUUGUGAUGGUUAUUGGUUUUAUGGUUUUAACAUUUAUGUUCUGGUAUCUUGCAUUUGAUUGGAAUAUUUAUAUACUGCUCUGCAGUCCCUUGGGAUAAAAGGGUUUAUACAUGUAAAUGAUGAUGAUAACAACAAAUCAUUUGAGGAAAAGUGAUAAUUUGUUGUUUUUCCUUUUGAGCUUUCUCUCUUACGUUCAGAAUAUAGGAGGCAAUUCUUCCCUUCUAUAUGAUGUUUCUCGUUUAAGCAUUUAUGUUGUGAACUUCUGCGGGAUACCAUUUUGAACACGAAUAACAGGUUAUAAAUAUUUUAAACAAACCAAUCAUUUAAUGAAAGUAAUAAGUGUCUAGUAGUACAAAUACACACACACACUCACACAAUCAAUUCUUAGCUAAAAAUGAGCAUGUCUAAGCCAAAUCUGUCUGUGUUUUGUCUAAAAGUAGAUGGCAACUUAGUCGGCAGAACAUGGUACUCUUAAUCUCAAGGUCGUGGGUUCGAGCCACAUGUUGGGUGAAAGAUUCCUGCGUUGUAGGGGGUUAGACUAGAUAACCCUUGUGGUCCCUUCCAACUGUAGAGUUCUAUGAUUCUAUGAGCUGUUGCGGGGGGCAGUAGGCCUGUUGCUGGAAUUUGUAGGUGGGGAGUGUGCUGUCUUGUUGGCCACUGUGGGAACAGAACGUUGAACUAGAUAAACAUCUGGCCUGAUACAGCAGCAGAGCCCUUGCUGUGUUCUUCUCGAUAACAUCAUGUUCAAACUUUUCUCUUCUUAUUGCUUUUAGGUAUGUUCUUUAUGCUGUGGUUUGUUUUUAAACCUUGCAUUCUUUGUACAACCCUCUAACUGUUCCAUUUUAGAAGAAAAGACCACCAAAAGAUAAAAGCCAUCUUCAAAAAAAAUGCAACUGUACCCAGUAGGCCUACAACCCAUAUGUGACGGAAGGUCCUCACAAUUUCAGUGAAUGUAGCAGAAGUUCUGCUUCAAGGUCACUGUGCAGCGAGUGGAAGCCUCUUGGCUCAGUUUAACAGGACAUCAGCCAACUCAAAGCAAAUUGCAAUUACACUAGAAAUUACAUUUGGACAAAACAGGAAGGCUGGGCCUGUUAAAGGAGGCAGAAUAUUUGCUUUGAGAGAAUGUGGGUUGGUAGGUGAUUGGAGAGGGAGGAGGCAGACAUCUGAUUUUGAACUUGGCAACCCCUCCAGCUGGUUUAGUCACAUAUUUUCAGCUCAAAAUCUAUUUGGCCUUUACAACAGCCAAAAUAAAUGUCCCUUAAUCACUUCCAACCUAUUAACAGAUGGGUAAACAGCUUUUAUAAAUGGGGCAUACAAAAUACUUCACAAUCAGCCAAAACUAAUUAGUGGCAAUAGCUGAACCAAAAUGUUUAAUUCAAGUAAUAUAUAUAUCAAUGUAGAUGAAAGUACAGUUUAUUUUUUAUUUUUAUUUUUUUUAAAGUCAUUUCAAAUAUUAUGCCUUAGAAAAAUCACAAUGGGCUUCAUUUAAACCUGAUGAAUUUAGAAUUCUAAUUUGUUUCGGCUUUUCUUCUACAUUAAGGCACAAUCCAGUGGUGAAGAUCUGCCAGCUGAAGGACUACUGUAUAGUAAGGGCAAGGGCCACUAUUUGAGGGCCACAUGCCGAUGGUGGGGAGGGCCAGAGGCAAAAGUUGGCAAAACAACAAAUGUGCAUUUGAACAGGAGGCUGGUUUCUGUAUUCACCCUUCCCCAUCCUCCUUCCAGGCAAGCAAGAGGCAUUAUCAGAGUAUAAGGACACAUUCCAGCCAGCGAGAAACACUUGGGGUUUGAGGCAGGACCAGUCUUUGCAUUAUGCUUAUUAAAAUAGCUAAUAAAAAGUUAUUAAAAACAACAACAAUGACUGAGCACUAACUGAGUUUUACAGAGGAAGUCUGUGGGCUGACGUUUCUGAUCUCUAUAAGUUGCUCUGGGAACCUAUUUUGGCUGAAGAGUGGUGUAAAACUGCUUUAGAAAAACUAUUACUCUGUUGUUCUCCUGAAUUAUCAGUCUACUGCUUCCAACACAUGUCUGUCUGUGUAUGUAUGUAUGUAUGUAUGUAUUUUUAUGCAGUCACUAAAAGGGUUUGUGUGAAGAAAGGCAUGAAAAAUAAUAUAGAUUUAAGGAUAACCCAUGUAUUCAAAUUAGUCACAUAAAUUUGGUGGAUGUUGGGGUUGUUUUAGAGUCUCAACUUUAAAAAGAUUGAUUCAGAGGAAAUGGGUAUAAAUUGCAACUUUGCAAUUUAUACAGAUGGAUGCAAUUAAUACAGAUGAUUUUCUGUAUUUCAGUGGAAAUGUGCAUUUUGUUAACAUUUGCAUUCAUCCUUGUUUCCAUACAUGUUAAACUUUUUUUCCUGUUUUUUAACAAAAUAUUUUGUAGGAGAAGGCGUACGCUCAGUAUAGUUCACGAGAAAGUCAGAAGGAUUGGGCCACACUUGGAUAUAUUUGAAGCUUUCAAACACCUCCGAAAAAGACAAACCAAGGAUAAAUAUAUUUCAUCUGCCAUUAUUAUACAGAAAACAAUCAGAGGAUGGCUUGUUCGUUGCAAAAUGCACAGAUUGAGGCUAAAGGUAUUGUAUCAGAAGCUAGGUGACAUGCCAUGGCUAGGAUUGCUAUGAUUAGGCUUAUUUAUGAACCCUUUGCAUUUGCUAGAUCAGCUGACCAUGAUGCUUUUUAUGCAUUAAUACUAUCCGGGGCUGGCACUGCCAUGAGACAAGGCAAGGCAGUUGCCUUGGUGCGGGAGGCUCUGGCUCUGUGGACUGUGCCCUGUGCUUCUUGGCUUUCUCUUUCUCCGCUAUGCAUGUGCUGCCUGUGCCCAAAUGCCCACCUCCCAGCAGUGGUGGGUGGCAUUGGGCACCUGGGCAGAUGUGGUAUGGCUGGUACACAGCAGGGGUGGCAGUAGGAGAAGGCAGCAUUUUUGUUUUGCCUCUAGGGGCAAAAUGUCCUGGACUGGGGCCCUUAUAUCAUUCCAGCAAUUUGAUAGGCAGGAAUCUGAUUUGGUAGGUAGCUCUCUCUCUCUCUGUCUGUCUGUCUGUCUGUCUGUGUGUGUAAAAUAAAUAGCUUGAUGUGGUAUAAGGCAGCUUUCUAUGUAGCUUAAUGUACUACCUGAAGCCACAAUUUCAGUUAGAUAUACUGAAGGCCCACAGGCUGUGCCCUUUAUUUAAACAUUGGUGCAGGUAUAUAAUGGUUUGCAUAUAAUGAUAAGUAUGGCUUAGUGUGAAUGAUCAAGUGUGCAGUUAUAGAAAAUGAAAAUCACAUAUGCUUCCUUCUUCCCCAGUCCUGCUGCUGCCAUGCUGUCCAGACGUAAGCAAUGGUUUGCGUUAGCAUUAUGUGUGAACCCAAGGUCAUAGUAUUUCUCACUCUGAACAAACCAUGUGUUCUUGGCUUGUUUGUUUGGGGAAGAGAAGUCACAAACCCAGGUUCGCACAUAACCCUAAGCCAAACCAUGACUUCUGGGUAGUGUGAUGGCAGCAAGGCUGGGGGAGAGGCAAGGCAGAUAUGAUUUUUCAAUUUGUGUGUCUCUAUUCUUACUUGUUCAUGCUUAAUUGUAGCUUGGCUUACUAUUGCAUGAGAACUGAGUCAAUGUAUAGCACCCCAUAUCUGGUUGUAGUUAACGGUAAUUUUUAAUCCACCUGCAUUGCUUUUGAAGUUUUUUCUAAUGUUGCUUUACAUUGUCUUGAAGUUUUAUGAGAGGGCAGUAUAUAAAUACUUUUAUAACUAAAUAAAAUACAUUUAAUAUUUCCUUGUGUUCUCCUGUAUCACAGUAUCUGCUGUUGCACAUUGGUAAUAUUUCCCCCCACCAACAAAACACUAACACCUGUUGCUUCUCGUUUUAUUUUUUCACUUUUGCUUUGUAGAACUUCUACAAUAGUUUGAACAGACUUUGAUACUUGCCUCAUCACAUUCAUUUAUGUGUGUGUGUCCUGGUUGUGGUUGUACAUACUUGCAAGGGAUUUGUCUCUGUUCACCACCUCUAAGAGUUUCUUAUUUUACACACUAAUAAUUUAUAAUCCUGUCCCUUUGAAAUAAAUGAAAACAAAAUAUUUGCGUAAUUGUAGGCUAGGAGCCAUGGACCAAGUUUACUAGCUGUCGUAAAGGAAUAUCGCAAAGUGAUGUUUCGCAUUAAACGCCGAUGUGGAAUCUUGGAUCCAACUACACCCCUAAUAUUUGAUCAACUAGAAGACUAUCUUGACCACAAAAGAUGUAUGUAUUGGUUAUAUUAUAUUAUAUUAUAUUAUAUUAUAUUAUAUUAUAUUAUAUUAUUUCAGAGCAAACCAUUAUUGAAAUUGCAGUACCUCUUGCUUUUUAAAAUGCUGUCUAUAUUUCAAUAUUUCAGAAUUCCAGAAAAUGCAACCAUCUCUUGUGCUUUCCAAACCUUACAGUAUUGUUUCAAAGACCUUUCCACCAUAGAUGAAAUACAGGCUUAUGUAUUAACAUUAUAAGACUCUUAUGUGGAGGUACCAUAACUCACUGGUAUAGAGCACAGAUACACUGUCCCAAGUUUCCUGUUAAAAGGAUCAGGUAGCAGAUGAUGGGGAAAACCCAGUCUGAGACCCUGGGAAGCACCUGCUGGCCAGUUUAGACUGGUGUAGUCAACCUGCUGCCCUCCAGACAUUGCUGGACUACAACUCCCAUCAUCCCCAACCACUGGCUAUAUUGGCUGGGGUUGAUGAGAGUCCCAACAACUUCUGGAGGACACCAUGUUGGCUACCCCUGAUUUAGGCAACACUAGGAGCUUCUAGUUAAUUGAGCACUGAGAUGCACAACUGUGUGUUGUUUUGUCAGGUUCUAUGGUUAGAACUGCAUGGGAUGGUGGGAGUCCUAUAUCUUCCAAUGCAGUUCACCACCAAACAGUAAUAAAGCACAGGGGGCGGGGGUGGAUUUAGUGAUUUCCAUUAGAGGGCAGAAGAACUUUGCUGAAAAUGCUGUCCAUUGUUUUAUUGCCUGCCCUGCCCCCCCCCCAACUCAUUUCUCCAUAUUCUUCUCCCACUCCAGUCUGGUAUUCAAAAUGGGAAAUAAGUCCAGCUGGAGGGAAGUUUUGGGGAAGGGACUCAGGGAGGGGAUAGGGAGUGACAGGUAGAGGAAAUAUUCAGCAUCCACUUUGCCCUUAGCUUCUUCAUUGGAAAUUACUAUGCACUGCUGUUUGGUAGCAUUCCUAGGUUCACCACAGUCUUCUGUAGUCCUGUGCUAGCUCAGCUCCAAUCUGAAUGUUCUAUCUCCCCUAUGGAAGCUGCCUGUAAAGUCUUUCCACAUGAAAGGUGAUGGUCACAGCAUGCAAAAGCAACUUACUGAGUGCCAAGGGCAUGCCACGUUUGCAUAUCAGUGUGGCAUGUCCUUGGCAGGAAUGGCACUGGCACACAGGAACUACAUGUGACUCAGUCCUGACACAUGCAUUAGCAAAUGCUGAAACAUGAUGUGUACCGUGUGGAGUGCUGCCAAGGUCUUCUUGGCAGUCUCCAUGAGGAGGCUGUAAUGUUUACAUUGACCCUGAGAUAGGAAAUGAUGGAGCAAACUGGCAAGCGAUAGGAAGCGAUGGAGCAAAUUGGCAAGUCACUCAAUCUGAGUAUUCACAGUGAGAUAGCUUGAGAAAAAGGCAGGUCCAUCUACAGAGGAAAACGAGGCGCUUGGCAGGCAUUUUCCAGCACAGAAUAUGGAGUGAACAUAUGGCCAAUGUGGCAAAGCAACAGUCUAUGCUUGAUAUAGCAGCAUCUAUCACACUAGCGAUGCUAAAUGUUGAAAAGGGGGUAAUAGAUAAAUAUAAAGUAUUACUUUGAAGUUAAGCAGUGGAACUAGUAAAGUAGCUGAAGUAGCAGUGACCAUAACAUUCUAUGUUGACAGUGAAUAUAUCUAGUGACAGCGAGGAGAUCUAGUGCUGGGCUGAAAUCUGCACCCCAGCAAUUUUCAUACAAUUUUCUGAAUUGUGUGUAUGUGUAUGUUUUCCAAUGAUUGGGUUAGUCCUUGAUGUGGUGGGUGUAGGCAAAUUCUAUUUGGUGUUGGUGUUACCUUUAAUAUGAGUUGGCUGCUGAUGUAUUAAAGAGCAGGUUGGCUACCCUCAGCAUCCUGGUAGAAAGCUUGUCCUGUAAAAUGAAAUGAAAAAAAAAAAUUAAUAAAACCCAGCGGCUACCUCUUAUUUAAUGAUAUGAUUACCAAGCCUCCCUGCCCCCCAGCCCAAUUCUUAGAAUUUGCCUACAUCUUCAAAAUAUUAAUGGGUACAGUUACACAUAAAAAGGAUGAAGUUAACCAUUGAAUAUCUUAUAUCAGUACAUGCAUAUCCAAGGGGUGUGUGUGUGUGUGUGUGUGUGAGAGAGAGAGAGAGAGAGAGAGAGAGAGAGAGAGAGAGACCAACAGACCUGGAGCGGCACUCUCUGAAUGCAGACUGCAAUAGUGGAGGAAUCAACAUAGUGAAAAUGGAAAUAAUAAUAAUAAUAAUAAUAAUAAUAGAAUAUUUAUACCCUGUCCAUCUGGCUGGGUUACCCCAGCCACUCUGGGUGGCCCCAACAAGAAUAUUAAACAGAAUAAAACUUCAAACAUUAAAAACUUCCCUAAACAUGGCUGCCUUCAGAUGUCUUCUAAAAGUCAGAUAGUUUAUUUCCUUGACAUCUGGUGGGAGGGCAUUCCACAGGCCGGGCGCCACCACUGAGAAGGCCCUCUGUCUUAUAUAGAAACAGUAGCAAGAAAUAUAUAGCUUGACAAGGCAUGAAAUAUUACUUGUCAGGGAUUGGAUGAAUACUGAGGGGCGGGCACCAGGAGAAGUGGGGUUGGAGACUGACUUGGAAGAAGGGAUCAGUGAAUAAGGGGAACCUGUAACAGCCAGAAGAGAAGAGGCAGAGGCAGGAGAACAUGCAGGAUUGGAGAGUGAAGGAAGCAAAGAUAAGUCAGGCUGGUGGACAGUCAAGGGCUUCUGCACCGCCUCCUCCUGCCCCCACGUCUCCUGCCCCACUGUCUCCCUGGACCAUAAGAGGAUUAAAGCGGGAGGAGCAGAAGGUUACACAGAGGCAGAGUCUUCACCUGCUUUUGUGCAGCCCAAAUAGGGAGGAUACACAAGCCAAGUUUGGGGGCAGGGCCUCUUUGUUGUGGCAACUGCCUCAUCAGGUGCACACCUAGGACUAUCUGAGAGAAGUAGGAUUGAUGGACAUACCUCCCCCUGACUUGUAAGUGUACUUUUGACAAUGACGAGUUGAUUUCUCACUCUGGACAUUCCAUGCCUGACAGCACUGUGACAUUAUUGGGAGCAGGUGGACUGGCACUCUACCUGGGCAGAGAGUUGUAGUCUGUAACACAGUUUACCCAAAAUGUUCCCAUCCUCACUAUUAGAAAUUGGGUUAGACGGAGCAAAUUUAGCUGCCUCAGGUAUGGAUAUAUGACAACAUUAUCCAAGUCAGGUGUAGGAGCAGCUUUAAAUGCCUCAGGUGAAAGUGUGGCAGCUUGGUCAGAAGCCACUGCCAACCCUGUAGCACCUGAAUCAAAUACUGCAAAAGGAUUGCUAACAGGAACGUUAAAACUCAAAGGGGAUUGUUGGAGAAACGGGGGGCCAGACUCGAUUCUGCUCUCUUUAGAUUUAGACACAGAGAGAUAAGUCCGGGACUACCUGAGUGUUUGGUAUUACCCAUUAUAAAACACAAAUAGUUUAAAAGUCCCCCCCCCCCACUUUUUAAAGCAAUAUCACAAAUCCACUGUUAAAACUUACAUAAAACAAGCACACUACUGAUAAAAAAAAUGUAAAGUAUUAUAUCCAGAAAGACUGUUCUUUUACCAAGGCACACACUUUUAUAUUACACUGUCUCAGGCUUCAUAAUCAACAGCAUUAACAAGAGGUCCAGUUAUAUAAUUCUUUAUAUUCUUAUUGGACCUGCAGAUCUUGGUGGCCACAGGCUGUGCCCUAGGUGAUUAGUCACAAGAAAGGAGCACUUCGGCUCCUCCCCUUCAGCUUGUUCUUCUAUUGCUUGAUGGCCAGAAGAAAUGCACAGCCUUCAGAAACAGAUCUUGGUGACUCAGUUCACUUCCACCCCUAGUAGUCAUAUCAUUCCUAUACAACGCUUUCAUGCAUGGUGUCCCAAAUGUUUUCUUAAAUGAGUUCUAGUCCCAUUUCAAAAGUCCUGAAAGCUCUGAAACUCCACAAAGUGUCUACCAGGCACCAGAGUUUGAAGAUGAGAUGAAAGAAGAAUAUUAUACAUUCAGUUUUGAUGAGCUAACAGCCUUGUUGGCCUGAGUGUAAAUAGAGUUUGAUUUCACAUUGUUUGAUUUCACCUAUGGAGAUGGCGUCAGACCUAAGUUUCCAGCGUCUGCUCAUAAAGACUAUAAUUGAACCUAUAUCUCAUCUGGAGAUAAUUCUGUAUAACAACAGAAUGCAUUUAUUUUAUUUUGCUCUGAGCACUUAUGGCUGUUGAAUAAGAACCACUCAGCUUUAGAAAAAUCGUUUUGAGGAGCUAAAGCUGAUCCAUAAAAUAAAAUAAAAAAUGCAUCCUGUUCUUGAAUUUGUGUUCACACUGACAAACACAUAGAGUGCUCUGAAGAAGCAGGCUUUCCUAUUCCUUUUAAUUAGGGAUAUUGUGGGAGUUCACCUGAGCCUGACUUAGAUAUGACAUUUCAGGGUUCAAAAACUCCACCUUCAAUUUCCCUGCUCCAGAGUUAGAUAAAAAAAAACCUGAGGAAAAAAACCCUCUAAACAAAAGAGAGGAACCCCUAUACCCUCCUUCUUGCUUCUUCUACUUCCCUGGCCCCCCAAAGCCACCACCUACCCCAGCCCUCCAAAGCACUUCCCUGUUCCUUCCCUUGUCCAUUGGUAGGGAAUAGGAGCAGCAGUGGAAUCAAUGAAAGAUGAGAAAGGAGAAUUUUCUCUCUCUCCAGUUUUCUACCCCUCCACUCUCCCAUUUAUGCAAUGAGUUAUAGUCUAUGGGAGGGUUAAGACCUGCAAUUGCAAGAGCUCCUGAAACACCAUUUUCCACAGUAUACUUCACUCCUAUACCAUGCUAUGUGUGGAUGGCACCUUAUCCCACUCAUUUUUUGCUUUGUAUAAUUUGUUUUGCAUUUGAGAAGGUAAUGUAACUAUGCUGUUAACUUUAGUAUUUUGAAAAAUACUACUCAUAAAUACUGUUAAUUUAAUUUAAAAAUAUCUGAUUUAAAAUGAUACAGAAAAUUCAAGAUUUGUUAAAGUUCUCACCUAAUAAAAAUGUACAUAUACAUUAUUUUACAUUCUAGUUUACGAAACGAUGUUUACCAAGAGAGACUUCUUGAAAGAGAUGGAUAGAAAUGAGCUACCUAAAUUCUUCAGAGAUUGUGGCCUUUUCCCAACCCUGGCUGAAAUGAACAAUACAAUGAAAAUGGUAUUAGAAGGUAAGAAAUUCUCUGGAUGUUUUUGUUCAGAGGCAGUAGAGAAUGCUGUUCUUAGGCAAAGGGGGGUUUAAAUUGUUGAAGGAAUGUGCACUUUGUUUAUUUAAGUAAUAUUUAGAAGCUACAUUAUGCUGCUGAGUAAUUCAAAUGAGCCAGUAGUUGUUAGGGCUGUAUAAAAAACAAAAAUGGGCUUGGAACCUAACUCACUUGGACAGCCGGGUCACCCUGCCCUCAGAGGCUUUGACAGACAUUGUGCUUCAUCUUGAAGCUGAGGGCACCUCAUUUUCUGAAGACUUGGAUGGCUUCUUUAUUGACUAGAAUGAGAACAUCAAUAAAUGUCUCCCCCCCCCCAUUUUUAGGAAACUGCAGGCAAUGUAGCCUCCUCUCAGGGGAUGAAGCCUGCUAUAUUUCAGAGAGAUAAGUGUAGAGGUUUCUGACCAAAGAGAGCAUUUGAUUUAUUUAUUUAUCAUUCCCCUCCCCUGUAGUUUUGUGGGCAAUGUUAUGUUCUAUGUCGUGAGUGUUGUGUGGCUGUGCAACAUUUUCACAUGCAUUGUUAAGUGCAGUGCUUUGUGCGCUCUAUAAAACCAUAUCUGUUAGUAAAAACCCUCAGAGGACAAGCCACCUUAAUCUUCCAGGGAUUCUAGUUUUUUUUUGUAUCUUAUUUUUGUGGCUUUACCUUAAGAGCAGUGGAUAAGAGCUAUGAUGCCAAGACUAGUCAGAAGUGCAAGAUGGUGAGGCCCAAGGCUAAAUCAGUUGCAGGUAGUUCCAAGGGUGGAACAGGUGCUACAGGGGUAUACUGUGUGUAUGACAUCUGUAUGGUUGUUGCAGUUACACUGAUGACUGCAACACAGAUCAUGAAUUGGGGGAGGAUGUUAGAAUUCCUGCUCCAUGAUUGCAGUCAUGGGAUUGUUGUCUAUCACAUGACGGUUUAUGUUUUGACUCCACAGAGUGGGAAGUGAUGGACACAGGAUGUUUGUGUUACUGUGUUCCAUGAAGUGGGACUAUUGUCCUUUGUUUUUUCUCUUUGCUGUCUGAUGUUAAAGAGAGAGGGAGGGAGCCAUGUUGCAGUGCUCCAUGUGUGUUUAUAUGUAGAUUAGCCAAAAUGCUGAGUUGCUGAGGUCUGUCACGCAAGUUGCGAAGACUCUGCAGAUCCCUAAGUGUGCCGGUGUCUGUUGACAUCGGUCGCUGUGAUGUUCGGGCAGAAGAAAGCUUUUGAAGCUCCCAAACGAUCGACCAGGAGGGAGAGAACAUGCCAGUCGGGCAUGUGACUCUACCAGGGUCCUACUCAAGUGUAGGCUGAACUCCUAACAUGAUGAAGGUAGAUGGGGGAAAUACUAUAUUCUGUUCCCCACCCUCACCUCAAAUAAUGCUACCUGGCUGAUGGAGAUCAUGGUUUGCUAUAAGCUGCCUGAACACACCAUCUUGAGUCUAGAGUGUGAUCGGCAGUUUUGUGUGGCAAAAGGUGGCCUAUUAGAUAUCCUGGUCCCAAAUCCUAUAGGUCUUUAAACGUCAUAACCAAUAAAUUGAAUUGUGUUUGGAAACAAACAAGCUACCUAUUCAGCCAGUUGUUUUUCAUGUGUCCCUUCCAAGCCCAUAAAUGUGUAAAUAAGCAAAUAUUCACAAAAGACAGUAAGACUGCAUUGGAAAAAGUAACUCAGGAAGAGUAACUUGAGGAAGAUUGACAGUAACCCCCUUCACACACAAAGCCAUGUGAAAAUUGCUCUCCCAUAGCAAUCAUGAAUGAUAUGCCUUGCAGCUUUCGAGGGAAGGGGCUGCAUAGCAACAGACAGGAAAAUCCACAAACUUCUUAACAAGAUCUGAUCAAGGAAAAAGGUGUGACAGGCGUCUUCUGUUUGGAUUCUGUAUUGCUGGUCAGUUGACUGUAACAAAUAUCUGACUGGGGCAGAGAGGACAUGCAAGACCCUUUAGGAAUGCAUCCAAAAUACUCCUCAUCCUAAUUUCUCCCCAAAUUUUUGGAAUUUUGAUUUGCGAAUGUGUUCUCUGUGUGUGUUUUUCAGUUCCUUGACCAUGUAAUCUGUCCUGAUAAUGUGUUGAAGGGUGGGAUAUAAAUAUCAAAACAUUUUUCAAAGUUUUCUUUUUUUUUUUUUAAAAAAAUCAUCUUUAAAUAUUCAUCACCAUUUGCUGUUUUGAAAAGGUUUCUGCUGAAAAGGGCAUGGAGGGAUGAUAGCUACUGGGGCUGUGCAAAAGCUUUAGACAAGGCACAAAUUUAAGGUAAAUAGUACUGCUUCACCGGGCCACAUUGAAAGAAAUAUUCAUAGUGAUCCGCAAUAUAGACCUCCCCCACCUCCCAAAGUUUUGGAAGUGCCUUGGAGCUCUGAAAGUGUGUUUUUGUUUUUUACUUUUUCAGGCCAGCACCUCCAAGCUCGCCAUAAAUUAAAAGAAAACAAACAAACAAACAAACAAACAAACAAACAAACAAACAGCAGCACGGGGGAGGCAGAGAAAUUUCUGUGACUGGUUGUUGUAGAUUCCGGAGCUCUCCAUUUACUUCUGAUCAGAGUGGUUUUGGGCAUGAGACAGGUUUUGGUGGUGGCACUUAGGCUAUGCAACUUUCUCUGCUUAGAAUUCCAAAUGGCCCCCAAUGACAAGCAUUUUAAAUGUUCCUUGGAAACAAUUUUGAUUUGUCAGGUUUAUAGAUCAGGAUGUUUUUGUUUGUUUGUUCCCCUGGUUUUCCGCUCAAAUUUUUGUUGCUGUGUUUCUUUUUUUGCUGGUUGGUCUUGUUUACUCUUUAUAUGAAUAUUGUUUUUAAGUUGGAUUUCUGAUCUCCAUCUUCAUCUUUUGAUGGGCAAGUGGCUUAAAAUAUUAAUAUAAAAAUGCAUGGUUCCAACAAAAAUAAUGUUACUUUAGCCACAUGCACUUAAGUCUUUGGGUGAAAUUCAUGAGCCAUGCAGCCCAAUCCUGUUCAUGUUUAUUCACAGAUAAGUUACCCAAGUGUUCAUAGGAUUGCAGUCCUCAAAGUAUAAAAUUUUACCUGUAUUGUUGAUAUCCAAUGAUACCAGCGCAAAGCCAUUCUUGUUUUCUCUUUUAAAAAGGUUGGGUAAAUUAUUAUUUGGACAAAGGGAAUUCAAAUCAAGUGUUCUUCUGCUUCUUUGGGAAUGUUUUAACACAGUUAUGCUUUAUUGUUUCCAGCCAUAGCUUCAAAGGCCAUAGAUGAGCUUUAACUUGAAUUUCUAGCAGCCUUGGUUGGUUUACAUCACAAUUUCUGUGUAGUUAAAAUGUUUUUUUAAUGCCAGGCAAAUCUCUGGGGGGCCUCUUUAAAAGAGCUAAUGUUCCCUUUGGCACUGAAAUCCACUUACCUUAACUGACUUCAGUUAUAUUUCAACCUGAUUCCUGGUGUCACAACGGUAAUGUUAAUUGUAGCAUCCCAAAGGCUCUUAGUAUUCAUCAAAUAUUUGAUUUACAUUUUCUAAUAAGGCUUUUGGAAUGCAUGAACAGGAAACCUGUCCUCUACCAUGAUUCCUACUACUGUCUCCUUCAUUAACAUUGCGAGUUGUUUUUUCUAAAGUAAUUAAAAUAUGUAAUUGAAUACACUAGAAUAAUUUUGGAAAAUUAGUUUAAUUAUUCCACAGGUUCUACUGGGAAACAUUGCAUCUUUUAUUAUAACUGAAUGGGUAAAUGUGGCUUUUUAAAAUCCCACUUGUAUUUCACUAGAUUAUUUUUUUUUAAUCAUUUAAGCAAAUCCUGUCGAUAGGCAGGAUUGUUUCAUGGUUCUCCAUAAAAGUACAAAAGUGCUGUCGGAUAACUUUCCAUCUAUACCUAAAAUCAAUAGCCACCCAAGUUAUUCACUCACUCCUGCCCUUGACACAAUGCUCGUAAGGUAAGUCUAGGACGGAUUUCAGCAUUGUAUAUUAGAGAACGUGACUAUGUACUUUUUCUGAGGUAAUGGCAGUGAGUCUUUCCUUUUAAACUGAAGCUACAGCAACUUAAUUCUUAAAAACAAAACAAAUGCCUGAUCCUUCUAAGGAGACCUGUGUGCUUAAUCAAGCAUCUAUGUCAUGGGUAGGCAAAUUAAGGCCCAGGGGCUGGAUCCGGCCCACGGACGGUCCGGGAAUCAGCGUGUUUUUACAUGAGUAGAAUGUGUCCUUUUAUUUAAAAUGCAUCUCUGGGUUAUUUGUGGGGCAUAGGAAGUCAUUCAUUCCCCCCCCCAAAAAAAAUAUAGUCCAGCCCCCCACAAGGACCCACCACAAGGUCUUAGGGACAGUGGACCGGCCCCCUGCUGAAAAGGUUUGCUGACCCCUGAUCUAUGUGCAUCAAGCAUCCAAGUAUCACCAGCAUAAAUUAGAUAAAUAUAAAAAUAUGCAUCCAAUACAUGUGAGAGUGGAUGAUACCUACUUGCAUUGCAUUGCUUUCUUUGAAAUGUUAGUUUGAAUGUGGAUCCCUAUGCAGGUGCUUAUACAUUCAAAUGUGUGAUUCUCAUGCACACAGAGGGCUGUAUGUGUGGAAGCCCAAUAUACAUGUUUAUUCUCUCUUUUCUUGUGAGGGGAUAAUUAUGCAGCUUGGACCUCUCUACAGAGUUUGUAUUAUAGUCUACAGAGUGGAAUAUGUAUUAUACUUAUGGUGGAAAGGGCAUGCUUGAAGCUCCUUGGGGAAAAUAAUUAAACAGCCAGAUAAACAUUCUCUUACUUUAUCUUUCCUAGAGACAAGCCAAAAUGUAGAUCUUCAUAACUACUAUAUAGAACUUUGUACCCAAAAUUCUUUCUAAGUGAAUGGCUCCCUUAAGCAAACUAUAUUAGGGAGAUAAUUUAUUUGAGAAAAAUGGAUGCCAGUUCCUCUUGCUGGGCAACAGCCACAGCUUGAGUCAUCUUCCUCUUUUGGCACAACUCCUAUACCUUUCACAGUUGUCUGACCUGUAGAAAUUUAGCGGGUGAAACUUUUGAAGGCUUGGAGCUGGACUGAUGAGGAAAUGUCUCUAUAUGCCAAACUGCUAUUAAGGGCACUGCGCUGGAGCACUGUCAAAAGAAAAAAGUUAGCAACCCUAUCCAUAGCCUUUUGAAUUAUAACAUGUUUUUUCAAAGUCUUGAGUUAUCAGCAAUGGUGCUGAGAAACCUAAUGGAAAAAGCAUAAUAUUAAAGGCUGUAGCCCAAUUCCAGUCCAGGUACUUUGUCUCAUGUAACAUCCCCUCCCCUCCAGCAAGUUGCUUUGGGAGGGCAAUAGGGCGGGAUUUACCAUUAAGCAAAAUAAGCUCAUGUUUAGGCAAACCCUCUAAGUGCCAUCACAGUUUCUGAUUUGAUCCCAGAGUGUCCCACUUUUCCUUAGAAUGUUCCUAUUUUCAUUGGAGAAAUGUUGGAGGGUAUGGAGUUAUCCAACCCCCGAACUGUCUGAAGGCAAUCCUGUAUAGGGAAGGUUUUUUUAUGUUUAAUGUUUUAUUAUGUUUUUACAUAUGUUGGAAGCUGGUCAGAGUACUGGGGCAACCCAAUAAGAUGUGUGGGGUAUAAAUAGUAAAAUUAUCAUUAUGGAAUGGGAUGUCCCUAUUUUCAUGGGAGAAAUGUAAGAGGUUAUGGUUAAGGGAAGUGGGGCACAGCAUAAAUUUUCCAUUGCCAGAUUGGCAUAAACACAUGGUUCUUCCUUGGUGGAUCAUAGCAAAUGCUUUAUACCAGUUUAUAGUGCAUAGCAGUGCCAACACCUCAAUGGUUUGCUUGUUCCAUUAGAUGCAACGAAGGGAUUAGGACAAUAUAUAACUUAGUAGCUUAGUAGUGUAUUACACGUCUUUAAGCAGAAUUUUGCUUUUGCGGAAAAAACAAUACUAUUCAGAAGUUAUUCAGAAAUAAAUUAUUAGUUUUUCUAAACUGCUUAGUAAAGAAAAAGAGUAUGCCUGAUUGCAACAUGCUCAACAUACACAGUAUAUGCUGUGUGGCUUGUCCUUUAAAACACUCUGAGUGACUUACACGGCACUAAAAAACAACUGUCCUUCUCCUCAGGUUUACAAUAAUGUGUGUGUGUGUGUGUGUGUGUGUGUGUGUGUGUGUCUGUAUUACACACAAAUGAGAGUGCUCUAAAGGAAUGAAAGCUGGCUGAAUGCUUCUAAGCACCUCUAGUCUACCAUUCUGUGUUCUGACAGCUGGGGCCCUGUGUGUAGACUGAGCAUGUAACAUCACUCGGAUAAAGAUUGACCUUUGCCAUCUCCUGUCAUAUUAUUGCCGGCGAGGAAAUUCUCUGUGACCUGAGCCUCCCACGUCUACUUAGCACUUACUCUGCUUAUGACAGAGGGAAAGAUGUUUAACUUAGAGGGUAGAAUAAAGGAUUUUUUUGAAUUAAACUUUUGCUUACAGAUUAUCAGGCGAGGAACUGGGGAUCUUGAAACAGGAACUCCAGUGUCAGCAUCCAGGCACCUUACUGCUGCUACCACUAUAUUACUCUGUAAGCAAAGGGAACAGCUGGCUGGAUCUUUGCAGGUGUUAGGGGGGAUAGUGUAUCUUUCUGCCCUUGGGGAAUCAAGUGACUUGAGAAGCCAGUAGGGUCCCUUAGAUAGCCGGGCUGAGCUGUUCCACCAUCCCUGAUGGGAAAUCUCUGUGUUGGCACAACUGAGGACAUGAGUGCUUUCUGCAAUUCUUUUUUCCAUGCUGUAGGAUAAAACAGGAGGUGCAGGAGGCAGCCACUAGAAAAACAUGCACACUAAGGAGUGUGCCAUGGUACUGCCUCUACAAAGCUUAUGAUCUGCCACUUCUGCUUCAGGCAGGCAGGCAGGCAGGCAGGCAAGAGAUUGGUGUCUGGGAGUGCCCUUGCUGAUUGCUGUAAGGCUCAUAUCUGCUGGUCGUUGUUUUCUGCUAAAUCCAAUUUUAUUAGACAAGAAAAAAUCCAUUGACAAUGUAGUUACGAGCAUUGCCUGUGGGAUGGCAUUAAAUGGGCAAUGAACAGCCCAUCAUUGGUGAUUCCUUCUGUUUCCCCAAAUGGAAAGAGAUAGCCUAGAGUGCCCUUAUGAAACGCUGCUUCAUCUCAGUGUAGCAUGAGCGAGUCCUUUACUGUGUGGAUGACAGUGAAAAGGUAAUGGAUUGCAUCUGGAGCAACAUAAAGUGUGGACCUACAAGAAAAGCAAGGUUACUGCCACAGAUAUUACCGCGAUCAAUUCUAAGUUAUCUUUGGAAAGGGAGAAUGCAAAAGACACUGUAGUAUGGUUGUUUCCAAAUCCUGAAAGUGGAGGAGAAGGGAACAAUUUUUUAUCUUCAGCAAGAAAGGAAGAAUUGGACCUUCCACGUGGCUCAUAGCUUCAUAAGCUUUUGGAGUAUGAAGAGACAGACAUUUUAAGUGUUUCAUUAGUUGCUGCCUGCAGUGUACACAGCUGUGAACUUGGAAAAGAAAUAAGGAUUAUUUUCAUGAAGGAACCUUCAGUAGCACUUUUGUGUGCGCAUGCAGUGGUGGAUUACUGAAGUAGGCUAUUAGUCACCUGCAACCAAAUGAUAAUUAGCUGGAUCUUAAAUCUUGCUGUGUCUCUCAGUUUUUACUGUAGAUUCAACUAGUCAGUAAAUAUGUGCUCUGUAUUGUAACAGAGCCGUGCAUACACUUGUAUGGAUGCAAGUUACUGCAAGAGAAAUAACACACGCCAGUUGUUGCACUUGCAGUGAGAAAAGCACUUCAAGAAUACAAAAUUAUCUUCAUUAUGUGCAUUAUCAAAAUCUGAUCACGCUCUAACAAGGGUAUAAAGGUGCACAGCAUCUUCAACAGCAGAUCUUGUGAAUCAACUUUAUGUAUUUAUUUAUUUAAAACAUUUUUAUUCUGACCUUUAUAAAAUCAUUCCAGGGUGUCUUACAACCGAAAAAUAACAAUGCAAUAAAUGUAAUCCAUUACAAGUCAACAAAUAUAGCAAAAACAGCAACAGCUGACCAGUUCUUAAUAAUUGUCAAUAGUGCAGUCAAUCGCUACAGAGCAGUCUUGCUAGUCCUGUGCUAAGCAUGUUGCAAUGCUCCUUGUAUUUCCCAAACACCUGUCAGCCUGCUGGCAUUGAAGCUCUUAGAAGGUGCUGCACAAGGGACUUUGACAGGGGGUUGGGACAACCCACCAGUCAAUCAUCUGCCAGGAGAUUGGCAGGUAGGUUGUCCUGUCCAUCUGUUAAAAUUGGCCCAAAAGGGGUGGGGACAGGUGGGGUGGGGACCUGGCCUGCUUAGUCAAAAAGGUCUGAUCUAAAUGGAAGGUGCUGCCUUUUUAAGACUAUACCAAUGGCUCUAAGGAUAGGACAUAAUCUAAUCUGCUGCAGCUCCACACUGCACUCCUGUGCAAGUCCCAAACACUGUUCAAGACUAUUGGGCAGUUUACACUAAUGCUCAGUUAUGGCUGUUAUGGCUGAUGCAGAUGGGCAGAGCCUCAGGGUCACACUCCUGACACCAGUGUGGCAGUGUCUCACCUAAAUGGGACAGGGCAGCAGUGAGAUUAGCGCUGUACGAAUGUACUAGUGGGUGCACCAGGUUGGCUCUGUGUAGCCCCAACCUCACCACAACUGUGCUCAGCCCCAUUCUCAUCCAGGUAGAUUGAAGGUUACUCCCCAGUGUCAGGAGGGCAACUCUGUGGCUCUGCUCCACCACACCAACCACUGCUGCUAAUUCCAGUGUAUCGUGUACAAGUUGAACACGCAUUUGUGAACACUCAUGCAUAGUGGUUCAUGACUAAAGAAUCUAUGAAAAUGAAAGAAGUGGUGAAAGUCUUAUGGUAUUUUUUUUAUGUAUCCACUCUUUCAUCCCUGCUAAUAGUUUGCUAUAUUAUCUGUCAAUUUUAUACAAAUAACAGUUUGGAUACAAUGGCUCCAGUUGAACAUUUAAACUUAGUUCUUGGGGAAUAAGCCCUAUUGAAUAUACCAGGGCUUAAUUCUGAAUAAGUGGGCUGUUAAUUUAACAUGUUCUUUCAGCCAUAUAGCAUAAUUAGCAAUAUCUAAAUCAAUGGGUGUACUCUGACUUGGUUGGAUAUCGCUCAUUGUCUAGUGGGUUGGGGUUUUUUGUGAGGUUAAAAAAGUGUAUUCAUUCUGAAAGACAAUUACAUGUAAAAAAAAAAAAUAUUACCUUGCUUAGUUGAAAAAUGAUUUCAAAACUCCCAAGGGCUAUGUUAUAUUUACAUGAACUUGCAAGCUAAUCAAAUAGGUCAUUUUAUUCAUUGUUACUCAGAAAACCCCAAAGCAAAAGCAAGCUUGAAAGUCUUUAAAAGAUAUCCAAAUCCUCGACAGUUGGAGCACUUCUGUUACAGUAUAGCCAAAGCAGUGAGUCACAAAUUCUUUGAAAGAGGGUUAAGAGCUAAAACAGCUGGAUUGCUGAAUGGAUGGCAGGAGGCAAAGGUUGAGGCAGCUUGAAUCUUAUUUUCCACUGUGAUUUUGUACUGGUAGGAAGUCUACUGGACGGGGGAGGAAAUAACAUGCUGCAGAAUACUGAAACUGCCCUGUGGCAUCUUCUGUACAAAUAUAUACAUUUAGUUUCUUCCAUGCUCGGAAAGAAAAAAAGUCAACCCACUGCUGAGUUUGUAUGGCGUAAUGCAUGCUAUUCCUUCUAAAGCUACAUUAAAGAUUGCAUUCUAUUUCAAGGAAGUGUUUACAGUUAAAUAUUGGUAGAGAUAAUGAGUGUUAUCUGACACUUAACUCCUCAGAGAUCCCUGCACUCCUCUGUAGUCAAGGGCACCUGAAAAUAAUAAUAAUAUUCAAGGACAGUUAGGGGAGGCCAGCUGGAAGGCAAUGGAGAUAGAAAAACAUGUGUCAAGGAUAUGGACAUGCCUUCACUAAAGUACAAUGGGGUCCACAGAUGCCUUUGCUCAUAUAAUUCCUUUUCCUUGAAAUGGAAGGCCAUGUCUUGUUCACUGACAAGUAGAAGGCUGAAAAGAGGUAUAUAAAUAAACAGCAGUAUUAGUAGUAAAAAAAAACUGAGGAGGAGAAGGAAUUGGGAACCAAUGUCCCAAAGACUUAAGACAGACUUAACUGUGAGGGGGGCCACUAGGGGCACCUUGAAAGAUGGCUGCUAAUAACAUCUUGUCCAGCUUGCAAGAGGUAAUUAGAGGCUGAUAUGGGGAGUACAUCAGCCUCCCUUCAUCUUUUCAGGGAAGGAAAAGACGCUGCCUCACCUGCUGUUGCCAUAAAUCACCCCCGAGUUCGGAUGAAGGAGGGGGUGAGAGGCACUAGGUGGAAAGCCCUCGGGCAAGCUUGGAGCUCCCUGCCAGCUUCUUUCAGGAGCGAGCCUGGCUGCGAUGUUUAAAAAGAAGAAAAGAAUUGGACCAAUAAACGCACAUGCUUCAAGAGAAAUCAGGAAUGCUUUUAUCUGCUAAUAAAUUUACCACUGAGUGAAGAAGAUCGAGACAGAAGGACGAAGGACGAAAGGAACAGAGAUAACACCAGAGAACUGCCGACAUUUUGGUAUGUGGACGGUACGAGGGGGGGGGAAGACUUUUUAAUUUUAUUUUUAUGUGAGUACCUGAUAACCCUCCCCCUCAAAAAACCAUCUCGACGACUAAUUUACAAGUGAGAGUGAAAAUGAACUGUGUGGAAAAAAAUUAUAUGUCUGUGAAAGAUUUGGAAACAAGUGAGUCUCUCUCAGUGACGCAGUAAGAAAUGCUUCGAUGCAUAGGCAGAUCUUGGCUGCAAGAUGGAUGGUCUAGGGAGGAAGAGCCGCUUGGAUAUCAGGCUGGAAUCAGAAAGGGCUGUUAUCCUCCUGGAAGACUAAUUAUGAGGCAGCGGGUCUGGAAAGUAAACGAGUGGACAUUUAGACUGUAUUUCACCAGAAUGACAGGACGGAGUGUCUGCUCGAAAACAUGAUGGCUGGAUUUGUGGACAUAUGAGAGAGCAUUAUAAAACCCACACAGAGACAAAAUAAGACUGUUCCUUUUAAUCCACUUGUGGAGAAAACUCGGAGGUGACAGAAAAGGAAAAUGAAUAAAUGACAAAUAUGAGAAGAUGGGACUGGAAACAUCAUUGCAGUAAGGAAAGCAGCACGAAUUUGGAUCUUUGGAUUCCUGAAGAUCGAGGAGCAUGGGUACCCCCCACAAAAAAAUUUUUAAUUUGGAAAACAUUUGGACUUUAUGAUGUGUAUUGAUAUAAUUUGGACUAAUUGGUAUGAUAUGUUUAAUUUGGCAAAUGGAAACUUAAUAAAAAUUAUUGGGGGGAAAAAAAGACAGACUUAACUGUAUCCUUCCCACCACUUCUGACGUUAAGGAGACACAUCUUGUUUCUUUCUUUAUACAGAAACUCAGCUAAUUAUGGUCAAGAAUUAUAUAGUGAAAGCCUGUUUCUAAACUAGAUAACAAGGUGUAUUUGCAAGUUAUUCUAGCUGUGAUAACUUGCAACAUGAUUUUAUAUCUAGGAAGUCUGCUUGUUAGUAGAAACAGUUAUCAGGGUUUGUAAAAAGAGUUUUAUUGCAAUCAUGCACAAAAUACAAACAAGAAGACAAAAAUUAGUAAAAAUGUGAAUAAAGGGCCUUACAUCACUUUCUUUGCUAUCCAUGAGGUGAGAAAACAUGAGGGUACACCGGCAAAUGAAAGCUUUUAAGACAGCCAUAUAUCCCAUAUUAGUGGUGACAAAGAGUCUAUGAGAUGAAUAGUACCAGCAUGAGAAAUGAAACCCCACCAUACCACAUAGGUUUUUAUACCACAAAUAUACUUGUAGGCCUUGAAGAAUCUUCCAUGGUUGUGCUAUAGACAUCCUAGCUGCCACCAAUCGCCAUGUGAUAAGUUUUUUGGAAUUUAGUUGUUGAGUAUGUUUCUCCCAUAGAUUCAGGGAUGAGCAGUGUCAUAGGCACAGAAGUCUUCAAUAUCUUAAAUUUCUAGACUUCCCUUCAUCCGAGGGCAGUUUACAAUGCAAAAACACACCAAAAAAUACCAUAGUAACAAACGGAAACAAUACCCCCCUCCCCCCACAUUUUAAAGGGUCAUAGAUAGUUUACUUAGCCAAAGGUCUGGGAAUAGAGGAAUGUUUUCCCCUGGCUCCUAAAGUAAGGUUACCAGAUUUUUUUCAAUGAAUCCGGAGACCCUAUACAUACAUACAUAUAUACAUACUACAUUUUCGGGACGUUGAUGCUGCAGCAAUGGUGGUGGCAGAGGACCGGCUGCCGCCUUGACCUCAACCGCCACGUUUCCCCUUCCUCCGAGGCUUCUAUCUCCUUUCUCCAUGAGCCUGGGCAGCCCGAGUUGUUGGUUCUUCGGUGGUGGUGGUGGGGAAGCAGUGUGCGGUGGGUUAGAAAUGGAAGGUGGAGAAGGAGGGCCGAGAGCGGAAGCGGCAGCAAGGCUCGGGCAGCGCGAUGCCUCCCUUCGCAUCGGAGCAGCCCCAAUCCCAUUCCUACUUGCAUGCAAGCAGGAGGGGGUGGGAAUCCCUCAACUGAGAGAUCCCUGCCUCCUUCUUGCAUGCAAGCUCUGAUAGGCAGCAUGAAGCCUCCCUUCACAGCUUAGUUGCUGGGGUCAGGGAAGGUGGAGGCAGCCUGGAAGCCCACCUGUACCACCAUCAUAUGGGGACUUCUGAGUAGCUCCUGAAGCCAGCCAGAGGCAACUACUCCAGGCUGCUGAGACUGCCACUGCUGCGUUUCCCAGGGACAUUAGAUGAAAUCUGGGGACAUUCCGGGGAUAGAAUUUGUUCGGGGACUUAUUCGCAAAUCCGGGGAUUGUCCCGGGAAACGGCGACGUCUGGUAACCCUAUCCUAAAGAUAUUCUCUCCCUGGGGAGAGCCUUUGACAAGCAGGGAGUCACCACAGAAAAGAACUUCUUGUGUUGCUGCCCUUCAUAAAGAAGGGCACCAAAUGAUGACUGGAGGUCCAGGUCAGUUCAUAUGGAAUCAUAAUGGUGCUGCCUUAGAUAUUACAAAGGGCAACUGUGUCAAUAUGUGAUGCCACCUGUGAAUAUUCUGUUAUACAUUCAAACAUAGAUUUAUAUGGCUUAGAAUACUACAGUACAUGUUAUUCCAUUUACUGUCCAGUAUGGUAAUACUGAAAUAUGUUUUCCAGAGUUUUAAGACCUGUGAGGUAUCUGGUUGAUAAAUUCAGUAAUUCCCUCUAUGCAGCAGAAACUUAUCCCUUUCCCGAGGCAACCUCAUUCUACAACAUUAAUUCAAAUUUAGUGAGAUCCCUCUUGGCAUGUGCCCUCAAGUAUUGAUUCACCAAUAUAUUUGUGAGCUUCUAGUCAUCUACUUAUUUUCUAUAACUUUAAUUCUAUGGGCAAUUAUUUGCUUACUUACACAGCCUCAGUCACAGCAGACAAUACAAUACUUCCAUUCUUUUAGUCCUGAAACAAUUGAUAAAUUAGUAAAUUUGAAUGGUUGACUUGCAAUCUGGUGUAAUUUUUGAUACAUUUUUUUAAAAAUGAAAUUUGGUACCCACUAAUAUAGACCCCUACUCUUGGCCUCCAGCUCUCCAGUACCUAAAACCAAAAAUUCAACUUUAUUUUUAAAAAUGAAGUUUUUAUUGGUUUUUCUAUUUGGAAAAAUAACCUAGAAGCUAUUUUACCUGCUAAUCUUCUGGUUUGGGGAAUAGGUAAAUGAAGGCAUGAAUAAUUAAACUAGUCUCCUACAAGUCCAUUUUAUGGGUAGGGAUAAAAAAUUCCCUUUCCAUUCAGUACCCUACUGGUGGGUAAUUAACAUUUCUGUUAAGUUCUAAUUAUAGUCCUUGUAUCUCAGCCAUUAUGCUAAUAGUGUUAUUCAGUAGUAUGUGAGAUUGCAUUCAUUAUCACUGGUGAGUUAAACCUUUAUUAAAGAAGAACUCCCUCAGGCCCCAUUCUGGAGUUAAGUAAUUAUUCAUUUGGUUUUAUCCUUGCAAUUAGCUUAUAUACUGUAGAGCUCAUUAUUGAGCUUCUAUACCUCCCUGAACAAGAUUAACCCACCAUGGUAAAUAAAUGCCUAACAGCUCCAAAAGUGCUGCUUUUGAAGUAUUUUAUUAUGUAAUGAAAUAAGGAAUUGCAAUGCAUUGGUGCAACAUCCUACUUCCCCACACAGUCAAAGUGAAGGAAAUUACAGUUCUGUGGGACAUGUUCGACUCAAGUUAAGCUGCAGAAAAAAUAGAUCAGAUCACAGCCAUGGUGAAUCCAACUGUUAAGAUGAUUGAGCUCUGCUUUCCGUCAGUGGCCUUCUUAUAUUCCAUUAGGUGGGUGGAGGUGUGGGCUAGGAAAAUGAAGCAGAAGUAACCCAGAACAGUCUAUAUUCUUGUUUAUAAGAUUUCUUUGUUUUAUGGACCAUCCCAUCAUGGUCUUCUCCUUGUUGCAAUUUAACAAUACAAAAAUACUGUUUCAAAAUGGAAGUCUGUUAAUGGUUCCUACAGAAUCAUUACAAAAAUUAUGGCAUUUAGUUGGAUGAUGAAACUAACAAAUUUUGUGUGCUGUAGACGAAACCCACCAGCAAAAGAAAAUAUUUAUGUAAUGCGGUUUCUGACAGUAUUGGAUGUCAGCGUAAUGCUAAUAUCAUGAUUAUUAUAUCACAGAACCCAUAAUUUGUAGACAUAUGAAUCCUAUUUAAUGGAGCUUACUCCCAGGUAAGUAGAGGUUCACAGUCCUAAAGUCUCAGCUUCCUGGUAAUUUUAUUCUAUGCUUUUUUAAGAACACAAAUACUUUUAUUCAUUGCUUUUCUUCUGGGGGUACGCAUACCCUUAAACAUUUUGCGAAUCUAAGUUUGGCCUCAUUGAGGGGCAGUAUUUCAAUAUUAGGAAAAUGAGAGUACCCCUUAACUUUUUUUAUAUAGAAAAAGAAGCAGUGCUUUUAUUAGUGGGGAGAAAUCCAAGCUUAUAAAUUCUUAGGAAUCCCAGUACCAAAUUAUUCAGGGAAUGAUUCCCAUGCACAUUUCUGUUUUCCAACAAUUUGCUUCAGAAAGCUUCUUCAGUCUUUCCUCAAGCAACACCUUCAGAGUUCAUGUAGCUCCAUUGCAUUCUCCUUUUCUUUCGUGAAAUCUUAAAUGAAAUUAGUCCUCUUUCUCGAUAAGCAUUAUAGAAGUAGUAGUAAAGGAACUGAUGAUUCACAGGUUGUUCUGUGGAGUUUGUUUCAGGUUUUUUGUAGCUUAACAUGACCACAACACAUGGUGACAAAUAUAGUUAGAGAGAACACUGUAUUGAAAAGGCGAUUUUCAACACUUUCAUAAAACUAGAGCUAUUGUAGACUUGGAUACUUAGCCAUCCAUAUUUCAUAACCAUUUUUUUUCAACCCUUAGGGAUUCAAAAAUUUUCGUUCCCAUGGUAAUCUUGGAUUCUGAAAAUACUCAUACUUUCCAUAAAUGGAUGGUAAAAUAGUUUAAAUAAAUAAAUGACCAGCUGUCUGGUAGUUAGGCAUAUAUUUGAUUUCCAUAAGACAUAGAAACCUACUGCGUCUGCCAAUCAGAGGAAAUGAAAGUAAAUCAGUCAUCAAAGGUAUAAUAUGUUAAACAUUUGCAUGGUCAUGACCUCUCUGUCAUUAGCUGAUCCUUUUCUUUUUAUCAUCUUUACUUUCUGCUGCUGUUCCCCAGUUACCUAUCGUACUGCUUCAGGUGUUGGUCUGACACAGUUGAAAUAUAUAUAAAAAUAAAAAAUUGUCCAAAAAUUUAGAGACCAACUAAGUUUGUCCUUGGUAUAAGCUUUCGUGUGCAUGCACACUUCUUCAGAUACAAGGCAUGCACACAAAAGCUUAUACCAAGAACAAACUUAGUUGGUCUCUAAAGUGCUACCGGACAAUUUUUUAUUUUUAUAUACAGUGGUACCUCAGGUUACAUAUGCUACAGGUUACAUAUGCUUCAGCUUACAGACUCUGCUAACCCAGAAAUAGUGCUUCAGGUUAAGAACUUUGCUUCAGGAUGAGAACAGAAAUCAUGCUCCGGCGGUGCGGCAGCAGCAGGAGGCCCCAUUAGCUAAAGUGGUCCUUCAAGUUAAGAACAGUUUUGGGUUAAGUACGGGCCUCCGGGUACCACUGUAUAUUUCAACUACAGUACUGCUAGCAAUAUAUAUAUAUAUAUAUAUAUAUAUAUAUAUAUAUAUAUAUAUGUGUGUGUGUGUGUGUGUGUGUGUGUGUGUAUAUAUAUAUAUAUAUAUAUAUAUAUAUAUAUAUAUUUUUGUAGGACUUCAACUGGGAGUCUCUCUCUCUCUCUCUCUCUCUCUCUCUCUCUCUCUCUUUGGCUAAGCUCCAGUAACAUACUAUCUGUGUGCAGUCCCAUAGUAGCUAUACAGAGCCUGAAGAGGAUGUCAGUGGGGGCGGAGGAAGCCCCAAAGAGGCCAGAGGCACAGCAAGCCUUUGUUUAAAAUCCCAGUGGUUUAAAUACAUUUCUUUAUUAUAGGGAGGUCUUUGGCCCUUCCAUACAUACCUUUGGUAGUACAGUACUAUAGUUGCUGUCUUUCUUCCCCUGGAUUUUUCUAGAUGCUUCCACAUGGCGUCGUUUUCACUCCAACACUAUUAUGGAAUAUUACAGUCAUAAUUCAAAGUGCUGUUUUCUGUCACAGAAAUUCUGACAUUUGUGAAAUAUAUGGACUGGUUCAGCAACAUGUUCAUCGUUUUGCACAAUUUACUGCUUUUAUGUGUGGCAGGUAGAGUGAGUGGUGCGUAUGCUGAGUGACAUCCACUUUGAGCCAUUAUGUUGUCUUUUUUGACAGGUGGCCUGUCACUGUGGUCUGUAACAUGACAGAUGGUUCAGACCAGCACAGUUACCUCAAGUAGUUCUUUAGGUACAAGGCGAGAACGUUCCUCUGUAACCAGGCCUUUGGCUGAUUAGCAUUCUAUAGCCUUUUAAAUGUGUUUGUGGGGGUGUGUGAGGGUUUUUUAUUUAUUUUUGUUUUCAUUUUAUUAUGUAUUUUGUGUUCUCACUUUGUAUUUUUAGGUUGUGAACCACCCUGUGAUCUUUGGAUGAAGGACAUUAAAAUGAAUGAAUGAAUGAAUGAAUGAAUGUUCCUGCUAUCUAUUCUCCUAAUCUCCCUCAGGGUCCACUUUCCAGAAUACCAGAUAUUAUAUGGCCUGCCCCCAUUCCCCCCCCAAGGGGUUGUGAGUGACCUGUACACAUACUCAUAACUCCAGCAUUUACUGGUUAGUGGAAUGUAGGAAUGGAAGGGGUGUGAAUAAAGGCACAGAACAUUUUUCAAUCUGAAAACAUCUCACCAUUGGCAUGGAUGGAAGAAGCACAGACAGCCUCCAGAAAACAGCAUUGUGAUUGGUUGUGUGGCUAGUCUGCCACAAUUUUGCUUCAUAGAAAAGAGCAGCUAUAGCAUUAUAAUUGCUGCUCCUGGGUAGGCCCUAAUUCAAAGACUGAGAUGCACGAAGCUUUGUGAUCUUUAUGCAGAACUGCAGCAUCUAUUUGACAUUUAUCUCGAAUUGAAGCAAUAGCCGCUUCUUCAUUCAUGGAUUUAAGUACGGUAAUUCAUUCAUGGAUUCUCUUGUGCUUUUACCCUUCCUACGUUUUGCUCUCUCCCCUCCCCCAUAAGACUCAUGAUCUUUUGCAUAAUUGGAAGAUUAACAGAUGUCCUAGGCAACAGCUUUCAGAAGAAUGAGAAAAUCACUCUCAUGUCAUCCAUCUUUUGCUGCAGUCCAAACAACUGAAGGGAGGGGAAUACUUUGGUCAUUUGAUUUAUUGCCAAGUUUGCAGUCAUCAAACAUGUGUAGCUUCUGUGUAUAACAAAUGAUCAAUGUCAUUCUAAAGUAAGGAAAAUAGGGACGGAACUGGCAUGUUCUUUAAUAUUCAGUUUAUUUGAACAUGUACAAUUAGAACAUACAUAGAGGACCUGCACUCUCAAGGUGUCUUCAGCCAACUCACAGCAUUCCCUCUCUAUGUAAAUGCACACAUUUACACCUGCUCCUUCCUCAGCUGCAGAGUUGUCACUUGGACCAAUUUCUGUUUCCUAGCUAACAAUUAGCUCCUGUCAGCUGACUAUUCAGUGCUAUUAACCAGCAGUCAGCCAGGAGCCUUGACAGUAAUGCCUUCGAACUUAUUUGGUUAUACAUCCCAUGAGACAAGGGUGAGGGGAGAACCAUUGAGAAAUUUUUAGAGAAAUCUACAGCUGAGCUGAAAUUUCCUAGAAGGCACUUUCCCCCUGACAUUUUUCUUUUUUCCUCACCCACCAAAGGAAUUCAUUUUUCAGAAUGCUCUCUAAAUACUUCCCGCCAUUUUGUUGACUUAGUGUUUAUUUGUUCAUGUGUUAUGGAUUGUGCAUUUAAAUAAUACUAAUACUAAUACUAAUACUAAUAAUAAUAAUAAUAAUUUAUUAUUUAUACCCCACCCAUCUGGCUGGGUUUCCCCAGCCACUCUAGGUGGCUUCCAACCGAAUAUUAAAAAUUUCCCUAAAUUCCUUCAGUUGUCGUUUAAAAGUAAAAUAGUUGUUUAUUGCCUUGACAUCUGCUGGGAGGGCGUUCCACAGGGCAGGUGCCACUACCGAGAAAGCCCUCUGCCUGGUUCCCUGUAACCUCACUUCUGGCAGCGAGGGAACCGCCAGAAGGCCCUCAGCACUGGACCUCAGUGUCUGGGCUGAACGAUGGGGGUGGAGACUCUCCUUCAGGUAUACAGGACCGAGGCCGUUUAGGGCUUUAAAGGUCAGCACCAAUACUUUGAAUUGUGCUCGGAAAUGUACUGGGAGCCAAUGCAGAUCUCUCAGGACCAGUGUUAUAUGGUCUCAGCCGCCGCUCCCAGUCACCAUUCUAGCUGUAUUAAUUUCAGUUUCCGAGUCACCUUCAAAGGUAGCCCCACGUAGAAUGAAUUGCAGUAGUCCAAGCGGAAGAUAACUAGAGCAUGCACCACUCUGGCAAGACAGUCCGCAGGCAGGUAGGGUCUCAGGCUGCGUACCAGAUGGAGCUGGUAAACAGCUGCCCUGGCCACAGAAUUAACAUUUGUGGGAGAUUUUCUUGAUUUGCUCUUAUGUUUGCUAUAACCAAAUGUUUAGGUGCAUAUUCUUCAUGUCCACAAAUGACAUGAAGAAUUAUGAGACGCCAUUUGCUCACAGCUGUAGAAAUGACUUAGCAGUCAUGAUUUUGGGGAGGACAAAAUAUUAUUAUGGAUUAUGUAACUAGGAUUAGCUAAUCAGUGGGAUUUUAGCUAAGCAAAAAUCUUUGAGUAUGUCAUCUUCGCUAUGGUGCUUUGGAUUGGGGCUCCUGUUUGCAAGAGGAAUCACCACAAUUUAUUUUGAAAGACUUCCGACAUUAACAUGAAUAUAAAUUCCUGGCUGUCAUGUGGAGACAGAGUUGUCAGACUGGGCCUUUAGAAAAGCAUUUUCCCCCUUCUGGUAAGCUUUAGUUCAUGUGUAAACUAUCUUUCAUCAUGAUUCCUAUAUACUGCUUUAUAGUGUAAUAGAUCAGGCAGUUUGUGCAUUUUCAUUCUGUUUUGGGCUUAUUUCAGAUAGAUUAUAUUAUUUAUCUUCCUACCCCCACCCCAGGACUCUUAGCUGUGCUUUAGUAGUUUCAGAAUUUUAGCUAGUGAUUUUGGUAGUACGGCUGCUCCUAGAUAUUAGAACCUAUAAUUAAAUUCCCACUGAAUUUUGUCUAUUUUCUUGUGACUAUCACAUGACUUACUCAAGCAUGGCCAGGUAAUUCAGUUUUUACUCAAAACUCAAAGUUCAUGUGGUUUGGAGAGAGAGUUGAAAAUUGAUCACUGGAUUGGAUUGAUUAUUGCAUUGAUUAGCUGCAAUAGGAACACAUACACACACACACACACGUGAUUGGGAACAUGGGUCGAAAUAGUAAUGUAUUACUUCUAUUAAUUUCAACAGAAUUUAAAACUCUCCACAUGCAGGUCACCCACAGCUAUCUUUACUGAAUAUAUUUUUUUGAUUUUCCAAUAUCGUUCCAAUAACAGCCUCAUUAUAACAAUGCCAAUUUUUAAAAAUAUAAUUAAAAAAAAAUUGAUUUUCCAAUAUCGCUCACCCACAUCUAUCUUAUCCCAUUGCUUAGAAAAUAAAAAGGCUGAUCCUAUGGGACAGAUAACACCUUCCUUCCACUAGUACUGUAUGGGAAAAUAUAUCUUGUGCUUGAUGUUCUGCAGAGGGGAGGCAACCAUUUUUAACAUUACAGAGGUGGCCCACUUACUUCCAUCCAAGACUUACAGGGUGUUAUUCCAUAUACUGCCCUCUAGCCACCACAUUCUCUCCUGGUUUCUCUCUGCAUCUCAAAAGGUGGGAGCUCCUUAUUGAAAGGAGGAAGUACCUAAGGUGGCUCCAUAGCAUUGAGGCUUAAUGUCAUUUGGAUGGCCACUCCUCUGCCAACCCACUUGGUCACUCCCUUGGGUCCAGCUCUCUGCCCACUGGACUGCUGUCUCCCUCUCCAGGCUCAGAUGCUUCUUGGGGUCCCGAGUUCACUUCUUGUACCCUGCUAGGACCCUUCCUAAGGUGGUCCAGCUGUAACUCCCCAAUCUCCUACAGUUCUUCCUCAGGAUCUAACUACUCCCCCACCCAACGACCUCUCCAUGAGACUCAUGACACUUGGCACAUGGUCAUCAAACCCUCCUGAGUGGGAACCAAUCCCAGCAGGUCUUGCAAUCAACACCAGAUUUAAAAGACACCAAAUAUAAUCCCCACUUGCCAAGAAAAAAAAUGAGAGUACAUUAUAAGUCUCCUAUAUGUGAUGUCUGGUGUGGGGCGGAAGAGUGUGGGUUGCAGAAAAUGUACUCAUGGUCCAAAUAAGAACACCUCCUGCCACCUAAUUAGGCCUAUGAGCUAGAGGUUCCUCAGGUGGUAGAGGAGCCGUUCAGUUAUUCAGUUCAGCCCAAACUGCAAUGCUAUGAAGUUACAGCAGCUUCACUGACACUUCACAGAGUUUGGGAGGAGCAGCUAUUGCAUAACAUGCUCACAUAUUGCUAUAUCAUCCCUUCCCUUCUGUUACAGGAUCGUAAAGGGGAUUAUAUUGUGACAGAAGAAUAGGGCUUCAUGAAUGGCAUUUCCAAAUUGGAAGUUCUAACUUUUUAUUUAUUUUCUUAAAUCACAACCCCUUGCUGACCUGCAUUUGAAUUUUUUUUGUUGCUAGCAUUUUCACCUUUCAGCUGUUAAUGCUGACCUUCUGAGUCUUCAUUAAUACACUUGCAGUUAUUAUAUCCCUGCUUAAGUAGAAAACAUUGUAACCAAGCAACAGAUGCUCCAUUAAUUUAGGAAUUAGGACAGUCUAUUUUGGCUCCCCUUUUCUUGGUAUACGAGCACAAAAUUUUUCACUUUGAUGAAUGAAUUGCUCUGUUUAUAAUUUUUAUUACUAAUGAACAGAAGUGUUCAAUAAAAAUGACAUGACAAAAAUGCAUGACAUUCACUUUUUUCAUGUCGAAGUAAAUGAACCCUCUGUUUUAGUGAUAACAAAUUUUCAAAGUUUAUAUUUGGGAGUUCUUAAAACUAGUUUGACUACCAAUUGAGACCAAAACUUUUGUCAUAAAUUCAAAAACAGCUUAGUUUUGUUAAAACAGAGAAGGAAUCUGAGAAGGAAAGGGUAAGUCCGAAGUUCAUAUUCAUGAACAGAGCUGAUUGCAUGGCAUGGCACAUUUAGGGCAGAUCCACACCCUACAUUUAAAACACAUCCAUCCCACAUUUAAUGCACAUGACUUUCACCAGAGAAUCCUGGGAACAGUCUUUUAGUAAUGGUGCUGGGAACUGUAGCUAUGUGUUCCCCUAGCUUCUUUGGGGAAAGUUGUGUGUUUUAAAUGUGGGAUGGAUGUGUUUUAAAUGUAUGGUUGGAUCUGCCCAAAUUGUCUCUGGAAAUUAUUCCUAAGGCAAUUCUGAUUAGUCAUAGUAGAACGGCCAAAAAUCCUUUUACUACUUGAUGUAUUUAGGGUUGGCCCAAUGUAUUUUGAUGUUUGAAGCAGGGAACAAAAUGGCGCCCCAUUCCACAGACAGACUGGAGUAGCAGGUAAAUCUUACUCCAUCAGUCAUGAUGAGACAUCUGCCUAAGGACAGCAAGCUGUGUUAGGGGGCCCAGGGCAGGUCACAUAGUUCACGUAACACUGUCCUUCAACACCUCACUGCUGUCUGCUUCUCUGUCUUAUGGUACAGUGAGCGCCGGAUGUACAAAGCAGCAAUGGGGUAUUGCUGGUGUAUAUUUUAAUCCCCUGUAAUCUGCACAAUAGUAAGGGUGGUGACGCAGCUUCUCAACUUCGUCAUUGCAUCCCACUAGUUUACAUGCAAUGACACCUUCCCCUCCUCUGAAAAUUGUCUAUGAUGCAAAUGUGAGGGUCGGUGUGGCGUUUGCCCGUUCUUUUGGAAAUGUCUGUACGGGAGGAGAGAAAGAGUUAAUAGGUAGACCAAUAGAAAAGCCAGAGGCGGAGCCUACCUGUUUUUAAAAGGCUUAGUCAGAGGUUUAGACAGUUGGAAAAAGCAGCUGGGAAAGCAGUUGGCAGACAGAUGGAAAUAGAGAGACAGUUAGUGCAGUUGAUUCUUGUGUGAGGGGAGGUAGAAGAGUUAGAGACAGGAUAAAAUAAGACUAAGAGGGUAACAGUGUUUCGAAUGCUUUAAAGUUUAUUUGUGUUUGCAAUAAAAUACAAUCUUCAUUGUUAACUUGACAACCUGACUGAGACUAAGUGAUUUACCAGGGAGAACCUGGUCGGUGGCAGCGGAUUAGUGGUGUACGGGUCAAUAGUCUGUGAAAUAACCGGGGGCUCCGUAUGUACGCCACAGUUAGGAGCAUCCUAUUCCAUGAAAAAUAGUUUCUGGCCUAAUGCGAGGGGUAGAAAUCACAGUUACAGAAUGUCCUGCCUCAGUUUACCUCGCUAUCUGCUGCUGACACUUAGCCAUGAUUUCUGGCUCACAGAUGGGGAUGGAGGCGAGCAGGAAGAUGGGAAAAGCACCAGGGUCAGUAGACUAGAGAGCAGACAGGUUCUGGUGCUUAAUGUAAUGGGGUGCUUGUUUGGCUCACACAUUGCAGAGUUAGUUGAAACUCCUUCACCAGGCGCUAUAAACAAAGAUAAGAAUAACAAUAUGUACUCGGAGGCUCUGGUGCUUGCCUUUUGCAAGACAAGUGCUUUAUUGGAACAGUUACAUGAGAAGAUGGAUUUGAUGACUGUUGCGAUCGGAAAUUUUGGACAGGCAGUGGGUAACUAUAUAGAACCCACUCAGGAAUUAAUCCAGGAAUGUGCUUUGACAGAUGAGAUGGAGGAGGUUGUUGCUGGACCUUGGGUGGCAGAGAUGGAGGGAGCUGUGGCCCAGCAGGAACAUGAGUUGUUGGAUUUGACGAAUGAACCUGGAAAAAGUCAGAUUUGGAGAGAUGGAGUUCUGUUUGGCUUGGAUAUGGGGGGCUGGAUGGACCCCCCUAUGCAGGGAUGUUUUGAUUUUUAUUUUUAUUUGACCUUUCAAGUCUGGCUUUGGGCUGGGGGGAGCUCGGAGUUGUGGGGGCCUUUAACUUUGGAGGGGCCUUGAAACAUGCCUUCAAAUACCACGUGGAUUUCAGUGUUGACUAUGGAAAAGGGGCCGACUUGUCGAGAAGGGACAAAAAUAUUGUCAAGCUGGAUCUCCCCGAGUGAAAGGAGCAGAAGACAAAGUAAAGUACAGGUAUAAAUAUGAAGAAGACCUGCGGAAGGGACAUGGAAGAGACUUAAGAGCCUCGGACAUAAGGUCACCAGGUUGAUGGACUAGAUGGAUGGGAUAGAAAGGACUGACAAAACCCGAGACCAGGAAGAAGAGACGAUGGAUGAAGAUUGGAAGAAAGUUUUAAAAAUUCAUUUAGAAAGUAUUGUAAAAUUAAUGAGUAUUAGAAAAAUGUUGGAAUGAAAUUAUUGGGCUUUAGCAGAAAUGUUAAAAAGAAUUAUGUAAGAAUAUGUAAUAGUUAGGAGAAUUUGGUAUAAAUAAGAUUUAAGUUUUAAGUUUUAGGAUUUUUUAUGGUAAGAUAAGGUUAAAAUAGAUUGAGGUAAUUUAAUGACAGAAUAUUGUGAAAGAUGGAAAGGAUUUGCUGAGAUAAUUAAUAACUAGAAUACAAAGAAGGGAGGUGUGAGGAGGUCGAUGAAAUAAGGUAAUGACAGUUAAGGAUUUGGGAAUAUUGGAUUUGUUUUUAAAUUUUUUGUUUAUUUUUGCUUUUUGCUUUUGAUGUAUUGUGUGUUUUGUUUUUUCUUUUUGACAUUGGUUUUUAUUAAUUUGUAUUGUUUAAUUGUUACUUUUAUCUACUUUUUUCUUUCCUUUUUUCUUUCUCUUGUUUUUUCCUUCUUAUUUCUUUGUAACCUUAAAAUUCUCAAUAAAUAUCAUUUAAAAAAGAAGAAGAUAAGAAUAACAAUAAUUGGACAACAUUGUUAUCGCCUCUUGAAACCACCAAACCAUAUAAUAUGUAAAGAAAAGUGCAUUGAGGAAAUCUAAAAAUGCAAAUCAGGGAAAUAAAUUGUUAUACAUGCUGUCAAACUAUGGAAACACAUGGAAUGUUCAUUAACAGAUGGUCAAGGUUUUACUCAAAAAAAGUUUAAAACCUCAGUGCUUUUACAUUUUACAAGCCAUUAUCUCCACUGUGAACACACACUCUGUCUGAAGCCCCAUGCAACCGAGGAGACACCCAUUAGAAGAACAAAACUGCUACUGACCAUUAGUGGCAAACACACUAAGCAGUGAACAUGAACCUCAGAAAAACGUAUUAUUUCAGCAAGCACUAGAGCCUGUCUAUUCAACUCACACAUCAGCUACAAACUUUAAAUAACAGACUUUAUCCCAGCUCUGACCCUUAAAACAUCUUCUGCUCUUUUAAAUAAGCUAUAUUUAUUUAUCUAUAUAAUUUAUAUUUAGCUUUUUAUAAGGCCCAGGCUAAUUAUUUUCUUGCUUCCACAGGACAAUACAAAUUUUGUUGCCCUUCAUCCUGUCUUCUUACUGCAGUAUUAUUGUGGGGUUGUUGUUAUUUAAAAAAAAAUAACUAUUGCAUGUAAUUGUUGUUAGUUGCUGUUUAGAACUAGCUGUGUCUGCUCUGAGCAGCUUUUGAACUGCAAAAAGUGGUAUAAACAAAAUCUCCUCUGCCUGAGAUGCAAGUUUAGUGCCAUCAAUGCUGGAAUUUGAGGAUGUGAUUUUGGGUGUCAGUGAUGCCUCUGUCGCCAUCAUCCCAACUAGUUCCUGAAUUACUGCCAUGCCAAGCACAUAGAAGGAGAACCACACAUUUAGUUUUGCAAAUAAACAAAAUGGCAAUAGCUCCCUUCUGCUAUUUCUCCCUAGCAGCUAGUAUUGGGAGCCUUAAAUCGAAGGGUGGUAUCCAACUGCCAUCAGUGCAAGGGGUUUUGCUUGUUUCAACAGAACUUUCCCCCAUCUCCUUCUCUACUGCAUGCUCUGCAUCCCACCCUCAAUCUUGUCCAGAGCACUGGGGAAAUGCUCAUAGAACAGAUUUAGGAAAUGUGCAACAGGAGGAGAGGGAGCAAAAAAUGCCACUGAGCAAGAGGAAAUCCUUGUAUUGAUGGAAUGUUCACAUAGUACUAUGUUAGAUACGACCCUAUAUGCUUGGAAACUAUGUUGUUGUUUAGUCGUUUAGUCGUGUCCGACUCUUCGUGACCCCAUGCACCAGAGCACACCAGGCACUCCUGUCUUCCACUGCCUCCCGCAGUUUGGUCAAACUCAUACUGGUAGCUUCCAUAGGAUAUGGAAUAUCCUUGUAGCCAGUCAGGACUAAGAGUUAGGUAUUCCUUGACCUAUUCUCCAUGAACAUGCCUAACCUUUUAUGCUACUCCCAUUUUCAAACCCGUGUAGCUAACAGCUGAUGCCAUCUAUUGCGUCAGUGCGUUUUAAAAAUUAAUUAUGCUUUGAACACUCUGAAAAUACUGCUUUCACAAAGUAGCCCUUUACACUUUUCAGGUGCUGAUUCAAAAAUAAAGAGCAUCAGUAAGUCUCAAGCAGUUGAAAUGACCUUCAUGUUGUAUCCACCUCGUGGUCUCAAGCUUAUAACUGCAGCUGCUCCCAGGUCAACCUGGCUGAAGCCAAUAGUCGAUGGGGAAGAUGGUUACAAAUAUUUAGGUAAGAUUUUAUAUAUAAAAUCAGGCUCUGAAUAGUCAAAGGUUUUUCUAGUAGUGUUGUAUGUAUAUCUGUAUUCAUACCUCUGUUUUGAUUAGAAAUUGAUGUAGUCUGUUUAGAUGCAGUUAGUAUUUUACAGGCUUUUCAGCAAAAUCACUUCCUGGAGACAUAAGGGGACAAGCAGUUUCUUGAAUUUGUUUAAAGGAUAGUAUAUCUUUAUAAAUAUUUGAAAUUCAGUUAGCAAAGGAGUUGGGGCAAACUUUUAAAUUUUCACAGUAAGAGGGAAUCAUGCAGAAGAGCAUUUGUUCUGAAGAUCUCCACACCUUCCAUGUAUGAUGCAUAAAGCUGGAUUUUAGAAGGCAGCCAGGGCACAAAAAGAGCAUGUCACUGUGGUGGCUAGUCACCUGUGUACAGGUCAUGCUUUGUAGUGCAGCAAAACCCUAAUUCCUUUGCAAUAUGUUUUGGUGGUCUAAAACAUGCAAUGGGUGAGUUACUUAUUGUUUUAUGCAAGUAUUUCUGUGCCACUUUCCGAACCCACAAAGCAUCUCACAAGAAAGCAAUGUAAAAUGACAAUAAUUAAAGCAAUGAAAGGUUGUUGUUGUUUGUGGUUUUUUUAAAGGACCCUCCCCUCAACUUUUCAGUAAGUAUGCACCCUUGUAUGGAGAUCUGGCCUUUAUCACACAUUCUUUGCUAACAUGUCAAUCCAUGUUGGGCUUUUGCAAGGUGUCCUUGAUUGCACUGCAUUUUGAAGAAUGCUUGGAAACUAUGUUGUUGUUUAGUCGUUUAGUCGUGUCCGACUCUUCGUGACCCCAUGCACUAGAGCACACCAGGCACUCCUGUCUUCCACUGCCUCCUGCAGUUUGGUCAAACUCAUACUGGUAGCUUCGAGAACACUGUUCAACCAUCUCAUCCUCUGUCGUCCCCUUCUCCUUGUGCCCUCCAUCUUUCCCAACAUCAGGUUCUUUUCCAGGGAGUCUUCUCUUCUCAUGAGGUGGCCAAAGUAUUGGAGUCUCAGCUUCACGAUCUAUCCUUCCAGUGAGCACUCAGGGCUGAUUUCCUUAAGAAUGGAGAGGUUUGAUCUUCUUGCAGUCCAUGGGACUCUCAAGAGUCUCCUCCAGCACCAUAAUUCAAAAGCAUCAAUUCUUCAGCGAUCAGCCUUCUUUAUGGUCCAGCUCUCACUUCCAUACAUCACUACUGGGAAAACCAUAGCUUUAACUAUAUGGACCUUUGUUGGCAAGGUGAUGUCUCUGCUUUUUAGGAUGCUGUCUAGGUUUGUCAUUGCUUUUCUCCCAAGAAGCAGGCAUCUUUUAAUUUCGUGACUGGGCCUACAGUUCAGAGAAAAUGACAGAGAAUAGCAGUAUCAUAAUAAACUCAGGCAGCCCGCAUUAAGAGCUGCAUGGCUGGUGUUGACCUGUGACAGGCCUUUCUCAGUAGUGGCUCCUCACUCAUGGAGGUGCUUCCGUCACAGCCUUACAAUUUAAUUUCAUGUUAAAGGCAUUCUAAACUAGGACUGCACUAUAUAUUUUCUUCCACCUCAUUCCAUUAAUUUAAUGUUUGUAUUUCUUUUCAUAAGAGUGAUGAUAUAGCAGUUACAAGUUUGUCGUGCGAUAUGGGUUAAUACUGGGAGGAGAUAGGUAUUAUAGUACCUCAGGUGCAACUAAUUUGCUGGAAGUGUUUUGCUGCAUUUUCUUUACAUAAUUUAAACAAAGAAUGCUGCCCCCACAAUUAAAAUUAUAAAAUGAGCUUUAUUUGAAGCAAAUUCCUCAUUAGGGAUGCUUCUGAACUGCAUAGUUUCCCACUUUGGAAUACAGAUUCUGAAAUGACAGCAAUUCCUCCCAGUAGUUCUCUGGCUCCCAUUGUAAGUCUUAUUAUGGAUGGCAGGCAUUUUGGGAAAACAACAGAUCCCAGACCCCUUGAGACCACUUGUUGUAGCAAUGUUACAAACAUUAGAAAAGCCUCCCCCAACUUAGUGCCCUCCAGAUAUUGCUAACUAGAGCCCCCUCCUUUCCUGAACAUUGACUAUGCUGGUUGAGCUUAUCAGAGUUGUUCUCUAAAUCUGGAGUGUACCAGGUUGGGGGAAGCAGCAUUAGUGGAAGUGGAGGGGAGAACCCUUUCUUCCCAUAGGCAUCAAGUUGGCCAUUGUUGAAGGGGCCAUUAGAAUAUUGUUCUCUAUAUGAUCCCAAAAACUGUUUAAGGCAUUUUCUCCUCUCUCAUAGGUUUUUCCAAAGGGGGGAGGUUUUUCACCAGCCAGAAGAACAAGGCUUUUUCUUGCUUAGAUGUUACAGUGAAAAUAGGCCUAUCUCAGGAAUGUCUGGCUUGGGCGGGUAAAAGAUAAAGAGCAAGGUUGAAUGGAUGUUAUUGUAACCCCAGAGGGAGGGACUGGACAUACGUGAAACAAGGAAGUCCAAAUAUGGAGAAACAAAAGCUAAAUUCUAUACCAUUUCCCGUAAAUCACAUGUUUUCUCAGAAAUCAAAUGAUUAUCCGUCCCAGAGGGUAUAAAAAGGGCUGGCAAGCCCAGAGAGGGCGGGCAGACAUCGGGCAACGCGUGUCUGUACCAUUAUUUUGUCAUGACAAAAUAAAAAUGAUUUUACUGCUGUCAAAUUGACGCUUUGAAGUGAAUUCUAAUGCUCCAAUAUAGGGAGGGAAGGAACUAAGAAAAGGUCUUUCAUUGUGAGAACAGGAUUGUGGACUAGAUGGACGACUGGCCUGAUCUGACAGGCCUCUUCUUAUAGUCUUUUGUCUCUCAAAACAAGAGUCAUGAACCUUCGCUGCUUUCUCUCGCACCCUUAAACUUGGCCUGGUGGGCUUUUACUAACACUGUUUGUGGACAGCAAGGUUGUCUUCAGAAAGUAGUUAUAGAUAAUUCCACCCUAGAUGACUGGAUAGUGUAUCUUUUUGAGUUACAGUGGUUAUUAAACUAGUUGACAAGAAAACUGCAGGAGUUGCCUUGAAAAGAGAUUAGUCUAUUAAAGAAAGUCUUUCUGUAGCACAGCAGCUGCUCUCCCUGUAAACAUUUUUGGAAAGAUAGCACUGGACAUUUGUUAUAUGAUCCACUCUUGAUACUUAAAAAACACUGGCACAAGUUCCAGACUUUCUUUUUAUGUUUCUUGAAUCUGCUCUGAUGACUUCAGUAAACUUUCAUCACUUGUGUGUGCAACCAACAAUUGGAUUUUAUUUACAGAUUUCUAUUUUGUAUUUACAGAGAGAGCAUUUGGUCUGAUUACUUGAAAUGCAAGUCUCAGACAGGGAUUAGACAUUGCAAGAACUGUGUUUUCUCUUCCUCUGAAUAUCCAGUAUUACAAAACUAGUGUUGCAUUAUCAUUACACUGUGGGUGGAAUCCAGAAUUGCCCUUGUCCGUAUAAAAGGGCUCCUCCCAUUUGCAGAAGGGACUGAGCUCCUGUGGACAUUCCUACUGGAGAAGGGAGGGGAUUUUUUUUCUGGUCUCCCUUUUCCUCUUGAAGCCUGCUGUACCACCUACCACACUGUUCUGCAAGGUCCCACCACUCUCCAGAGCAGGCUUUGGGAAGGCUCAGGCACCUGGAGGGGGAGGGGAAAAUGGUCUCAGUAAAAAAAUGGCCUCCUACUCUUCUUCUGUCCGCAGUGUCCCCUGACUGGAGUUUCUCUUACAGGAACUCUGAAUAUAACUGUGUGAGAUUUUUGCCUGGUUACUAUUCAUUGAUUGCCACUUGGGAGAGUGGAGGAGCAAUUUGACAGGUAUUAUGAGGGAAAUGAUGAGGAGCAAACAUGAAGCUGCUGCUUAUAAAGCCCUAUUCUGAUUUCAGUGUGUUUGUCAGUUGCAUACACUCAGAAUUAUGUCUUGUUUCUAUCGUGCUGAAGAUACUGCUUGUAUAUUUAUUCUGCUGUAUACGGUGGCAUUUCUGUUUAAAUUUAUUUUUUAUUUGUAAUACAGUAUGUGGAUUUCCUUGUCAAUUACAUAUGGCAUUUGGUUGUUAAUGAUUUUCACUAUAAACCAUAAAAACCAUGUUGCAGCCAUACAUUUAUCAGAUUUGCUCCGGUAAUCAGUCUUUGAGGCAAACUCAAAGCGGAAUCCUGCAAUGCCAAUCUCAGAGGUAGUUUUAAGGGAAGAAUAUGAAUUCCUUUAGUUCCUGGAUUUCUUUGUUGAGAAUGACUUGUGAAGACAAAUAUUGAUUAUCUUGCUGGGAGAGAGAAGUAAAGUUAUAAUAAGAUUAGAAAAAUAAUUGAGCUAUUUUUCUAGAAAUGAAUUAAACAUCAUAAACUAAGCAUUGUAGAGCUUUCCCCUAAAUCAAAUUUAGCUUUUAAAACAUCUUAGCAAAUGCAACGAUGUUCGACAUCCCAGAUUCAACAUUAUACUUUUAUUAAAAUUAAUACAACUUUAAGAAGGGGAUUACCUAAACAGAAUAAUUCAUUACUUUCCUUUGUUAUCCUAUUUCCAGUGGAUUGCUGGAAAGGAGGGAAGGCAGUUGCUAAGAAUGUGUUAGAGGUCACUUUUAUGAAUACUAAAAAUGGGCGCUAGAGGCUAACAGCCUAAACCCACCUUCCCUCGAGAUAUAGGUAAUCUUGAUAGGGGAAAUACCCUUAAUAUUAACAUUACUAAACAGCAGAAAAAAGAAGGUAGUUUUGCAGUUUGAAUUUGGGCAGAGACAGAGCCCUGAGAGGUUUUUUUAUGGAGUUGGCAAAAACAGACAUGCUAGAAGUGCCGUUGUUCUUUGAGGAGCUAAUGUGGUGUGUGUUGCUUAGAAUGGGAAGCUGCUUGUUUCAGAUUGGUUCUGAACCAAAUUUGAUUUGAGUGGGCCCCUGGGCAAGGUGUUAAAGGUUGAAAAUACCCAACCCAGAGCCACCUAUCCUGAACACCAGGGACGUAGAAAGGGGGGAGCGGUUCGCCCCAGGUGUCACCUUGAUGGGGGUGACAAAAUGGUGGCACUUCCUCCCCCCCAGCGGUAGGGCAGCUGAGGCCAGGCACCCCGUCCCUCCCUAAGGGCACCGCCAAUCCCGUCCUGGGAUGGGUUGCACUUCAGGGCCUCAGCCACCCUAUAGCUGGGGGGGGGGAGGCAGCAGGCGGGACGCCCUAUCCCAUCCCUCCCUAUGGGCACCGUGCACCCCAUGCCGCCCCUAUGGGUGGUUCGCGCUGCCCGAGGUGCACGAGAGGCUUGCUCUGCCACUGCUGAACACUUCUUCAAUUUCUGCCAAAAUGUGCUGGAUCAGAGUCCAGGUGUAUAGAUCCGCACUCUUACACCCAAAUCUUUCAUUUGUGAUUCUAACAAUCGGAACCGGCAUGCAUUACAUGAAAACAAAGGACUGAUGAAACUCUCCAUCAAUACUGGCAAAAGCUAGACAAACAUCCUGGUCCAGAGAAACAUAAGGGCACCAGAGGUCUGAACCUGAUAUCUCCUCAGUGAUGAAGUGAGCGGGGCAAGAACAACCACUAAAUCAAAUUUCAGAACUACCAGCAAUCCUGAGACUUUAAAAAUAAAUAAAUUAGUAUUUUCUAUUUUUUUCAAGCACUGAGAAAAACAUAUUCAUUUGUGAAAGUAUGCCAUUAUGAUUCUGGUGAAAUAAGAGUAGUAUGUCUCUCCCCCUUCUGAGACAACUGUUUCCUGACUAAUCAGACAGAAGAACAGCUUCAAAAUUGCAGUCAAUUCAAUAAAUUUAGGAAUGUCAAAUCUGUGAUUCAUUCUUGUAGUCUUUGGAACAGAAAAACAACUGAUAAGAUUGAUUUCCACCACUCUGCUAUUCAUUUGAUGGAACUGCCGUUUAAUUUGAGCUUGGAAAUAUAUUUAGUAUUUACUGCAGGGCUAUAUAAUGAUAGCCUAUAUAUCUGAAGAGAAAAAGUUGCUGGGUUCCUUGCACCUGAUAAACACAUCUAUAAAUAUAAUACUGCGACAUCCUUGCCUCUUCCCUCUUUCUGAGACGGAAGCAUGCAAAUAACCUUGUAUAUUCCUCAAAGUGAAAUGCAUGUUACAUUUGUGGUACCAUGGAGAAUACCAAUGCCUCCCAUUUUCAGUUGUUAUCUCUCCCUUGUUCUUUCCUAAGGAUCUUACAGCUUUGCCAGAGAUUAAUUUCAACAUUAUCAUGAUCAGAAAAUUAUAUACUUUUCAGUAUAUUAGUGCAUUCCAUUUUGUUUGUUUUUUAAAUAAAUAACAUGCAAGUUUGUCUACUGGGCAUUUACCUCUCUUGAAUUGUGUAUAGAUAGAUACAUAGGAAGAGCAAACAAUAAAGAUCACCUUGCCUGUCCUGCAGAUUUUGAAGGUUCAUACAAACUAUUUUGUAUAACUAACAGGGCUUUUAAUCAGUAAUGGAGGCCUAACUAAAUAAAUUUACACUAACUUCUUUUUAAAUGUUGAAAUUCAUAAUGAUAAAAUCUGUGGCAUGGUAUGGUAUUUGUUCCUGCAUGGGUUGAAUGGGAAAUGUUCUGUCAUUACAAGCUGAACUAUACAGUGUUUUAAAAGGUGAGUUACAAAAAAUAGCAAUGGCAGACCAUUUACAUUAAUAUGUAUGUGUGGCAGAAUAUAUGCCAGAGUCCCUGUCACUCUGCUUUUCAAGGCUACAUGUGAUAUUUUUCUGUUACAGUAAUAAAAACUGCAGCUGUUGCUAAGCAAAUGGAAUGAAUUACAUUUACAAGAAAGUUUUUCUGAGUGAAAAAGAAGAUAGCUCAGAGGAGCUGUAUUGUAAGCUCAUGAAUGACUUUAUCAUUUUUAUUUUCAUUCCCCAACUGGACUAAGGCAUGGUGAUCCUUGGACUCUUCAAAAUGGUGGAAUUUAAUCCAAAAGAAGGGGAGCUGGAAAGCAGCUCUGUUUUAAAGCUUGAAAAAAUGCUGUGUCCAAACAAACCAGCCUCUUGCUAAGUUUCCAGUUCCUUGGGCUGGGAAAUGGUCUGUUAAUCAUAUAGCCAUCUUAUAAAAAUAGCCCUGUGAUCUUGCUGUUGCCACCGUUCCUUAGCAAUUGUGUUUGCCCAAGGAAAUUUAAUUUUUAUAUAGGUAAUUAACACUGUUGAUUCUCUUGCUGGCACCACAGAUUUUGCACAGGAAACAGCUUGUUUUGUUUCAUUUUUUCCCUUUAAAAAAUAUAUCAGAUUCCAGUGUUACAGCACACAUUUGUUAGUUCCCAUGCAGCCCCAACAGCGCCACCAAAUUACUAGGAGGCUUAAGAAAGAAUAGAUCCAGUCAGUAUUAAUGAUGGGUGAGUUUCCCUUAGCAUUUUUCAUAAUUCAUUAUUCCCCCUCCCUUAACUCCCCCGCCAAGCUUUCUUGGGGGGAAAUGGGGUCCUAGUAUAUGGAAGCACCUGUAGCUCAUUAGUACAGCACAUGGUUUGUGCAGAAGGUCUUAGGUUCAGUCACUUGUACAGUAUUCCUAGGAGAGAAGUCUGCCUGAGCCUUGGAGAGGUGCUGCCAGUCAGAGAAGAUAGUAUUAGCUUAGCUCAGCCUUCUCCAGAUAUUUUGGACCAGAACUCCAAUUAGCUGCAAACAGUGUGAUCAGUGGUUGGAGAUGAUAGCAGUUCAAACCAUCCGGAGGGUGGUUGUGGGGGCUGGGCAAAUAGUUUGACUUAUUUCUGUAGCAGUUAAACUAUUUUCUGGGCUGUGACUCCAGAUUCCAGGUAUGAAUCGAUCUGUGGGUUGUGUGAUUUGCAUACAGAAGCUGUGGGAAGCUCAGGGAAUUAAAGUCUCUACAUUUUGAAACAAGAUUACAAGCUGACACUUUCAAAGCACUGAUUUUAACCACUGAUUUCAAAACUGCACUGAUUUUUGUUGUUGUUUUGUAGAAUUCCCAAACAACUCCAUGUACAAGGCUUCUAGUGCUUUAUAUGUGGAUUCAUGCACUUGGUAUGAUAAACAUGCUAUAACUGAAAUUUUAAAAGUCAUAACUUUCAGUCGUAACAUUUUUAUCAUACCAUGGCCACAAAUUCACACGAAAGGCUUUGGAGACUUUAAUUCCAGUGUUGACAAAGUCUAAAUGACAACAUUGUGAAUGGCUGAUUGUCAUUUUGAAUUCCUUGGAUCAAAAUAGACACAUUUUCUUCAUUAAGAACAUUACAGUCUAAAACUUUACGGGAAGAUUUAUAAUCACUGAAAGGAGAAAGUAAUCUUCCUUUUGUCAGCAUAUACAGCCAGAGAGACUCAUUAGAAAGUUUGUGUUAAUGGAUGCUCACUGCAAAUAUUGCAGUAGUUUGUUUCUGUUACGACAAGACACCCCAAAGGAAGCAUGAAAUUCUUAUCAAUGCCGCCAUAUAAAUACUAAUUCUGAUGCACUUUACAUUUAUAUAAGGGUUUCUGUUUGUGCAGAGCAUCAUAAUGUAAGAAACAAUCAAGAUCAGCCCUCCCCUGCUUUGUGUCACCAGCUGAGUGCCUUGAUAAUAAUGCCAUUUGAGAUUGUUGUUCUCCCCCCCCCCAUGCUAAUAUUAGCACAAAAUGUAAUCACAAUUAUUUCAAAUACUAAUUGCAUGCUCUCUCUUUUGGCAAUUGAAAGUUGUCUUUGAAACAUGCUUUAUAUAGGUUUGGAUAACGCCUGUUAAUAAAUGGUUUGGGUCAGCAAGUAGUCUUUGCAUGUUCUUCUGGUACAGUAGGUUAUGAUGCUCACCACCCUUCUGAAUCUCCUUUGUUCCCGGGGAUGUGGAUACCAGCUUGGGAUCAGCCUGAGCCACAGAAUGGCCAAAAGAAUAGGGCUGGAAAGAAAUUAUUGGUUAGCUGCUUGGCAGAUGUCAAGGCAGUACAAACUACUGGAACUAGGGUAGCUUUGCAGGAUGGACAGAAGGCCUCAGUACUUCAGAGUUAUGUGCAAACUUGUCCGUAGAGAUUAGCCAUGUUCUUUCAUUUGCUGUACUUCCUAUUGGAUUGCACCAGAAUUUUAGCACCCAAAACUAUAUAGUAAUAAAUUAGGUAAAGGUAAAGGGACCCCUGGCCAUUAGGUCCAGUCAUGGAUGACUGUGGGGUUGCGGUGCUCAUCUCGCUUUACUGGCCGAGGGAGCCAGUGUACAGCUUCCGGGUCAUGUGGCCAGCAUGACUAAGCCGCUUCUGGCGAACCAGAGCAGCGCACGGAAACGCCAUUUACCUUCCCGCCAGAGCGGUACCUAUUUAUCUACUUGCACUUUGAUGUGCUUUCGAACUGCUAGGCUGGCAGGAGCAGGGACUGAGCAACGGGAGCUCACCCCGUCACGGGGAUUCGAACUGCCGACCUUCUGAUUGGCAAGUCCUAGACUCUGUGGUUUAACCCACAGCGCCACCCAUGUCCCGUGCGCCACCCAAAAAUCUCAAAAUGUGAAGGUGGUUAAAAAAUGGCCACCAACAUCACAGCUUCAAACUCUUAUCCAGAGAUCCAGAAAUAUCAUUUGAUUUUUUUUAAAAAAGGCUGACAUAGAAUUUAUGAUCUACUCAGUGCUAAAGUUUAUCAUUGGGGAAACAGACGAAAAUGGGAGAUGCAACACUCAACAUAUGGGAGACACAUUUACUCAAUGGCAAAGUUUCUCAUUGGGAAAAUAUAGAAAGAAGAGGCAUACAAAAAUUAGUGUAUUUAUGUAUGCAUGCCUGAAAUGGCCUAAUUUUUUUGUUGACUUUGUGCUAGAACAAGUGAUAAUAUAUACAAGAUACUUUGGCAUAAGAACUGCACUGGAGCCAAAGUCAUGCCUUGCUAUUCUGUUCCAAAUUAUUUGCUAAUUAGUGCUACACAACCUAUCACCUUAUUUCUUAAUAAAUAGAGAUCGUAUCUUGCAUUUGAGUUGCUUAAAGAAUAACAAGUCUUUACUUUUUUUCUCCUCUUGCUAAUACAUUCUAAAUGCUGUGUUGUGUCCUUACUAAGCGUUGAAUUUCCUUGUAGAUAUCCUAUUAAGAUUAAUAGCAUUUUAGCAUUUUUUCAUUAAUACAUUUUCAAAUGGAUUACCUUUUCAACUAUAUAAAACAGCUACUUUUUUUAGCUUAAGGAUCAACUCACUCUUCCCAAAUGGGGUGGCUAGUUAUGGAUUGUCACAAAAGUGGAUGUGGUUUAAAUAAUACUGCAAUAUAUCUCACCACAGUGGAGGAGACAAUAUUAGAGACGUGUGUCUGGACUCUUUCUUUGUUAUUUAAGUGACUUUGCUAACACAUUGAGAAGGGAGUUUGAUCACACCUGCCAUAUGCAAGAAACCCUAAGCGUUUGGUGGUGCCUGCCUUGUGUCCCGGAGGUGGGUGGUAGGUUAUUGCUUUGUUGUUUCUCUUUAUUUGUGCCUUUAUCUUGUGAACCACCCUGAGAUCUGUUGAUGAAGGGUGGAAUAUAAAUCAAGCAAGCAAGCAAACCAACAACCAACCAACCAACCAACCAACCAAGAAGAAGAAGAAGAUAGACAGUACCUGGCAUUGAAAACUGAGUGUGUAAAUCCCAGCAGAAGUUCCAAGGCAUCUCAACCAUCUCAUGGGCUUACAUACCCCGUGUCACAGAAGGCUAAGGAUAUACAUUAGCUGCACGUUUUAUGUUGUAAACCACCCUGUGAUCUUCAGGUGAAAUAUAUACAUUUCGUGAUUGCCUCUCUUAAGCAAGAACAGAAUAGCAACUUCUGAUUCUAGCAGAUAAACUAAGUCCAGUGCCAUCUAGUGACGAAACCAUAUAAUAACACUAUAGAUAAAUGUACACCUAAAGGUAAAGGGUAAAGGGACCCCUGACCAUUAGGUCCAGUCGUGGCCAACUCUGGGGUUGCGGUGCUCAUCUCGCUUUAUUGGCCGAGGGAGCCGGCGUACAGCUUCCGGGUCAUGUGGCCAGCAUGACUGAGCUGCUUCUGGCGAACCAGAGCAGCACACGGAAAUGCCGUUUACCUUCCCGCUGGAGCGGUACCUAUUUAUCUACUUGCACUUUGACGUGCUUUCGAACUGCUAGGUUGGCAUGUACACCUACACACACACAAAUGAUGUAUGUGGAAUUGCCAUGGUGUGUUGUGGAAGUGAGGCUCACCUAGGAGAGCUGGUGAGAGAGGAGCAGUCAAUGGAUGCCCUCUGCACUGGAGACGGGGUGAGGGAAUAGCUAUUGUAGAUGGUUCUCUUGGGAUCUGGAAAGAGGAUCUUUAUAGAUUUAUUUUAUAUCCUGCCUUUCUUCCCCAAGAAGCCCAGGGCCACACAUAACAAUUGAUAAAACAAUUAAAAAUCAAUUGCAAACCAGAUGCAGAUUUGGAAAUAUCUCCACUUGACAGGCUUGUAGAAAGAGGAAGGUCUUCUGUAGGCAUCAAAAAGACCAAAGAGAUGGCUCCAGUUUCAUAUUAAAAGGGAAGGAAUACCAAAGGGGAGGUGCCACAACACCGAAGGCCUGAAUCCUACAUUGAUAUCUGCUAGAGAAUUGUUUUCUCAGAGAACAGUGACCUGUUGUAUAUAUAAGGGGAAGAGACAAUCUUUCAGAUAUCUUGGUCCAAAGCUGUACAGAAAUAGUUUUGCAGCCUCUGUGAGUAGAGGCUGUUAUAAGCAGUGGGCAUAUGUAUACGCCAAUGGCAUCCAAGAGUUCAAAGUGGGGAAUUGGCUAAUGGAGUCUUUGACAGAGAACCCGAAGGCCGCACACUGCCCUGUUGUGCAUGGUGUGUGGGAAGCAAGGCCAAAAUUUGACGCCUCACCAGCACUCACCCAUUACCUAGGCUUUGAGAAGGAGGUGGGUGGACUUUAGGAUCCUGUCAAAGUCCUCACGCCUCCUUGCCAAAGACCAGCGCCUUGCUUACCCGGCUUUGGGAAGGCAUCAAAAAUUUUUGGGGAGAGCAUCAAAUAUUGUUGAGGGCCACCAGGAAAGGCAUGAAGGGCAGCAUGCGUACUGGACUGGCCCUGGUGUAGGAAGAAUAUUGGUGUAAGAGAGGGGAAUCCUCUCUUUCUCCUACUGCUGCUAGCACAUUUUCUGCCUUAAUUUUGAGGGGAAGAGUUUGGGGAAAAGAUUGGACCCCCUUUUUGUUGUUGUUGAAAAUUGAUCUUUAGAUCCUAUUCAGGACUUACAGCAAGCUGUUUUCCACUUCAUUGGAAAAACAGCUUAGUAUGUGAAUCCCACUUAGAAAUUGAAACGUCUUUGUAUUCUUGCAUCAAACCCUAAAUACCUAAAUUGUAUUCUUGCAUCAAACCCUAAAUACCUGGUAAGAAUUUUAACUAAUUUCUUCACAAAGUAAAUUUUGCUUCUUACAUAUCUCAAGUCUCUCUCUCUCUCUCUCUCUCUCUCUCUCUCUCUCUCUCUCUCUCUCUAAAAAAGAGAGACUAGAAGGUGGUAACAGAUUAUAACUUCAUAAUUGUAACUAGAAUCUUUUAUGCAGUUCUGUUAGGUUUUCCACACAUACUGCCAAAAGAGGUUUUUCAGUCUGUGGCUUCUUCCAGUUAUGUCUUCCAUCUGUUUCCUUUCCUUUAUUCUUUCAUCAUUCUGGUUUCUAGCUUCCCCCUUUGGCUUAGGGUGCUUUUUACAGAGACUUUUUUUGUGUUAGAAAACUGCUAGCUUGGGCCAAGAUCCCACAUAGUCCAGCACUUUACCCCAUGACACUCUUCAAACAAACGUCCCUGGAAAUUUGCAAAUCAGAUAUAAUAACAGCAUCUGCUAAACGGGGGGGGGGGGGUUGCUCCAGAAUGUGAAGGUUCCAUUUUUUAGAUAUCUUGAUGAAUCUGCACUGAUUAGACCCCUCGUGCAUAAAUGUGUCGUUCCUUUUUAAACCCAUCUAACCUAUUGCCUAUCACAGCAACCGGGGGGGGGGGGAGGCGUGUCAACCAUAUUAUUAAUGUAUUGCAUGAAGAAAUGCUUCUAUUUUGUAUGUUUAAUCAGUCUCAUUGGAUGGUUGUGGUGUAGUGUUUUGAAGGACGUGUGGUUCCAGAAUUGGCCUCCACAGUCACUUACAGACUCAUUGUUAAAACUGUGUUUUAUGGAAGACAAUCUUACUAGGCUACGAAGAUCUCCAAAGAAGAAGAAGAAGAUUGUUUUGAAGUACUGAACACUGAAUAUUCCUUAUUCACUUUCCCAUGCCAUUCUUAUCAAAAAUAUUUUAAAAUGGUGCAUCCUCCUAGUUUCUUUCCUUAUAAAGUAAAAUGGCACCAAUCCCACUUAAUAUUAUUGGGGAAAUUGCUGCGUCUUUGAAUUCAAAUGUUAUCUUCUUAGCCCAAUCUAAAUGCUUAAUGACACAUCAAAGAAUUCUAAAAGAUUAGUGAGGAAACAGCCGCCUUUACAGAAGCCAUGCUGAUUCUUCCUAAGCAAGGCUUGUUCUUCUGUACUGCUGCAGGACCAAUCUGAUUGCUUUGGCCCACAAACCACAUUAGUUUCACUUCAGAGCCUUAACACAGUGUGCAUUCCUAGGAUGACCUUAAAAUGACACUUCAACUGUACUGGUAAAUCACAACCAUCUGGACAUAUCUGCAAUUUUACUUCACAAUUUUCUUUUUGUGAAGAACAAAUUGACUGCAGACUUACAUAUCCACAAAUUUGCUUUUGUUUGAGAGCUUUAUCAUCAGCAAGAAUGUACAGGGGGAACAUAUUCAUAGCCACUCACAAUAUUUGGACGCUCAGUUUCUGAAAGCUGCAGUUUUAUGUUGCUACAUCUUCAUUUCUGCUGAGAUGAUUACUUCCUCACCAAGAUAAAGGAUGUCUGGCCUUUUAGCAGUUAGAUGGAAUAUUUCCUUUUCUGGUGGAUAGCCACAUUUAAAUGGUUGUAGAAUGGUUCUAUGACUUCCUCUUCUGCUUUACAUCUUCAUGGGAGAAGUAUUCCUGAAGCAUUUGAAAUGAGGACAACCAAACUCUCUUUCUGUUCCAACUGUGCUUGUGCAUGGUUUUUGCUCUGCUCGACUCAGGUCAAUUUUUAUUAUUUAGAGUUUGCUGUCACAACAUGGGCUCACUAGUUUUCUAUGUCUGGAGAAUCUCUCCUGCCCUCUAGUUGUCAGCUUUUCUGCUGCAUCAUUUGCUUUCUCAAGUUUCCUAAAAAGUUAUAUUCAAAAUAGCUCAUGGAAAAAUCAAGGAUAACAAGUUACUUUAAGAUGCAUCUUACAUUGACUAUGGGGACUAAAAUUUGUAUACUCUCUCUCUCUCUCUCUCUCUCUCUCUCUCACACACACACACACACACACACACACACACACACACACACACAGGGCUAGUGGUGGCAUAGUGGGUUGUGGGUUAGGCUAGGACCUGGGAGACCAGAGUUUUAAUCCCUGCCCAGCCAGCAAACUCACUGGAUUACGUUGGGAGAGUAAACCUGUCCUCACAGGAUUGUCAAGAAGGUAAAGUGGCCAAGAGACUGAUACUGAUGAAUUGGAAGAAUAAAGAUAAUCAAUGGAUCAACAAUAUGGCAACACUCACAACUUUUGAAUGGACUUCUUACAGACAUAGACUUUGUUUGGAUAAAUAUGACAACAUUUGGAAUGAGUUUAUACAGAAUGUAUCUACAUCUGUAACCCCCUUUGUGCUCUUAAUGGCCCAUCACCUCAAGAGGAAGCCAGCUUGGCUUAUAUUUUAUAUUUAUUGGAUCCAGGGCUUCAGGAAGGAAUAGGCUGGUUUGACUAGCUUUUAAGGCUUGCUGGAUCCAGGGAUCAAAUGCGAGUUUGGCACCCACAAACUCAAAACAACACACCACAGUAACCUUUGUCCGCAUUGUCCUCAAUUGAGAUGGAUCUUCAUUUGUAUGCUCUUAAUAUACCAAUAAAUCUAUUGAUUUUGUGUUACAGUGGGUGGACAUCCAAUAUUAAAGGCAGCUGAUAUUCGAGUUGCUGGAGCUUUAGUAGCUGCAUCAAUGCGAGAAAGGAAGACGAAAGAACAGGAAGCAAACCAAGCUGCUGCUGUAACAGAGAACAGUGUCUAACAUAGGAUGCAAUUCGUGCCCAGUUGUAAUAAAUGGCAUCAUCAAUUUGAUUAUAAAGAUACUGGAUUGUAAACAAACUUCAGUUUCCUCUGAUGAAAAUUCCCAGUAUACAAUGGAAAGCAUUUCAUCUUUAAAUUAUCAGAUGUAGACAGAAGAUAACAGAAACAUCACUCUUGAGCCCAUACUAUACACUAGAUUCCUAUACAGUUUGAAACAAUUUCAGUAGGAUUUAGAAACCUAAUGUGUAAAAAAAUUAAAAUUAAAAAAUCCCAUGAUUAUUUGUUUGGAUCAUAAUAGGCACUGUUCUUUUGUUUUUGUCUUUCUGUAUUCUGUAUGGCAGCGUCUAACAUCAAAUAAAUGUGUCAGUGUUUUUUGCCCGAGAAAUUU